AUGGUUCUUCAACACAAGGAAUUUGCAAAAGCUGGACUGCAAGCUGGAACUCAGAUUUGGAGAAUCGAGAAGAUGGACCUAGCACAAGUUCCUAAGGAGCUACAUGGUAGCUUCUAUGUGGGUGAUGCCUACGUAAUACUGAAUACCAUAGAUCGGGUUCUCUACAAACUGUUCAAUCUACAUUUCUGGCUUGGUACGUUUUAAUAUUUCAUGAUACGUGUAGACUAUCAGAGACAGUUAGAAUAUUAGUUAGCAAAUGUAACGGGGCUUUAUUUAGAAUGUGGGUGAAUUGUAAUGUAUUUUUUUUUUUUUUUUCAUAUUCGUAUUUUAUUGAGUUUUCCAAACAACCAUGUGGGGGGUACAGAAAGGAAAAAGGGGGGGGGGGGUGUAUCCACAAGCAUAUAGUAGAUAGGUACAGUGUAAUAGUUAUCAGUAUUCAGAUACAUACACUUUGUUACAAACAUUACGUUUGUGCUUUCGUUAAUACAUACACCUGUGUAUCCAGCCAGUUUUAGUCAGUCGUGUCUCUUAUGUCAUGUCGUGUUUGAGCCCGUCCUCUUUUGUAAGGCUGCCUAUGUGUGUCUGGCAAUUUACCCUGCGUGCGUACUAUCAGUUAUGUAUUUACUCCAUUUUUGCCAAUUAUUGUGUGUGACAUCUCUGCGUCUGGGUGUCGUAGUGAUCAUCAUUUCAUGUCUCAGAUACUGUUGUGUCUUGUGGAGUAGUUGCUGUAGUGUCGGGCAAGUCUGUUGUUUCCAGUUGCAUGCAAUAAGAUUGUGCGCAGCAAGUGCCAUCAUAAUCAGUAGUUGUUUGUCCUGUGCAGGAAUUUGAGCAGGCAUCAGAAACAACAGACUCAUGGUGGGAGUUAGAGUUCCCUUCAUAAGUCCUAGAGAAUUGCCCAGUCUUUGGACUUCAGUCCAUAGUGGAAUAAUGUUUGGGCAAUCCCACCAGACAUGCUUCAUCGUCCCUACCUCUUGAAAGCAUCGCCAGCACGUGUUGGGUGUUGCUGGGUAAAUUUUAUGUAGUUUGUGGGGUGUGAGGUACCACCGAUAUACAAGUUUCUUAUGUGCCUCUAUGUGUGAGUAACAAGAAGUCACUCCUUUGAGUGCCCCAAGUGACUGUAGCCACUGCUCAUUAUUGAGCUGUGGGAGUCCUUCUUUAUGCCAUUGUAUUGUAAAAGCGAAAUUCAUUAGUAGGGGGUGUUGUCCUAAGGCAGCAUAUCCAAGGGAUAAAGCUUUGGCUUUGAUUGGUGUGUUCCGGCACCUAUUGUAUAUAGCUAUAAGGUCUGGGUUAGGAGCGGGAGUAUGUUGAGUCUGGGUGUGGACCCUAUCGUUGAUUAUGCUUUUGAGUUGGAGGUAUGGGAAUAUGUAGUUAGAUGGUAAGGCAUAUUUGAGUUGAAUGUCAGGGAAGGACAACACGGUUCCAUUUUGAUAGAUAUCGGUGAUGUGUGUGAUGCACUUGUCUUUCCAUUUAUGUAACGAUAGCCAUGGGGAGAUGGAGUGGAGCGUUGUUAUCGGGGCCCAUGGAGAGAAUUUCGUAAUAUUCUCAAAUCUUUUAUGGAGAUAGUCCCAUAUUUGGAUUGUGGGUAAUGUAUUUUUAAAGGUUUUCCCUGGUCAAAUGACGAUGAGAUGAAAAAACUAGAAACUGGAUGUUUUAUGAAAAAUGGUGAGAGUGUGGUAUACACUUUCAGACUGCUAGAUAAUUUACUGCACAUUUACUUAACUUAAAAAUCAAUGACAAAAAAUUUAAUUAAAUUAAAUGUAAAACAAAAUAAAAAAAUACACAUUAAUGUCUUUGCUUGAUAAAACUUGAUAAGACUUAGUGAUACAUUGGUUGCUGCUACAUGACAUAAACAUAUAUAGUUUAAAGCACAAAUGGCAUCUAUUAAACAAAACAUGUAAAAUGUGCUAUAUAAACCACCUCAAAGAAAAACUCCAAACACCAUAACAACGUAAUCAAAAUUAAGUUGUUAUGGUGCCAGGAGGCCCCCGGGUGCACUGUUAUCUCAAGUGGUUAAAUAGUUCUUGAAUGGUUUAACCUGAAGUUGCCUCCACCGCUGAUCUCUGCUCCUCCCCAGGCGGCAUCCAGCUUCUGAAAUUUCUGUUUUUUGGGGGGGCUGAGAUCAGCACUGGAGGUAAUUUUGAGGUUAAUCCGUUCUCAGACCUUUUAACACCUUGGGGUAAGAUUGCGCAAGGUGCCUCCUGUCACCAUAACAACUUAAUUUAGAUAAAGUUAUGGUGCCUUAAGUAAACUGUUAUUUUAAGAGUAAAUCACAUUCCCUACCAACAUGGCAUAUUUAUCAUUUGCAGCUCGAUAAUCCCUUUAACACUUGCAGCUCAAUGAAAAGCCUUUGCAAUGCAGUUGCCUGCCUUCCUCUCGAGUUUAGCUCCACUGAGCUAAACAAUCCAGGAAGUAACAGGACAUGUCGUUUGAUUGACAGCAAGGGGUUGUAACUAGUUUAAUUUAUACGAGAGCCAACACACUCUUCACACAUAAAGCACUUCAGCAAGCUAAAGUGCUUUAGGUGUCUGGAGUGGUUAUUUAAAUUUAAAGUUUACUUUGAUUCUCACUUUAAUGAAUAACUCUUCACAUGGAUCUCUCUCUCAUACUCCCUAUCCUUCUUUUUCUGUUUAUUUGUAUGCUUCUCGUUCAUCUUAUUCAGAGCUCUUUAUUUAUAUGUGUGUAUUGUUUUAUUUCUCCAUCUGUUUUUUUUUUUAUAUCUGCAUGUCUAUCCUUCUCUCUUUCUAUUUCAUGUUGUGUGGGUCUCCAUCUCACUUCUUUUCUCUCUGUCUUUCAUUGUGUGUAUCAUGUUACUGUCUGUCUGUGUUUUCCUGUCUCCAUUAAUCGUGUGUGUAUCUCACACUGGUUUGCAUUUAGUAAAGUAUGUUAUUUUCAGUGACACAACAAAUGUAUCAAUCUUUCCAUCAUAUUUUUCCUCUAGAAACAUGUUUCAUUUCAUUUUUUUUUUCCUUUUGCUUUAAAUUUGGUGGUCUUUUCUGAAAUGUAUAUGUAAAAAAAAAAAAAUUGUGGAAUAUUUGCAGAGAAAAUCUGAAACUUUUUAGACUACUUUUGAGAACAAUUUAACAAAUAGGAACAGAUUAGAGACAAAAAAUAAUACACUUUUCAGAACGCUUUGAUUAAUCUACCCCACUGUGUUUACAGUAUCUUCUCUAUGGUUUGCAGCUGUUUGUGUCAGAAUUCAUAACUGCACCUUCUCUGACCUGAGCAACAAUCACUUCUUAUGAUCACAAUUAUUUGCUUGAUAUGUCAAGCGCAUGCAUUUUCCUUAAAGGAGCACUAUAUAUAUAUAUAUAUAUAUAGGGUUUUUAGGUUAUUAGGAGCAAAGGAGCACUAUAUAUAUAGGGUUAUUAGGUAGUCCCCCCUCCCGCUGGGCUGAAGGGGUUAAAACUCCUUCAGCCACUUACCUUAAUCCAGCACCGGGGUCCCUCGGCGCUAGUGACCUCUCCUCCCCCUGCCGACGCCAGGUCCCGAGUAGAGCCGAAUGCGCAUGCGCGGCCAGAGCCGCGUGCACAUUCAAACCUCCCAUAGGAAAUCAUUACACAAUGCAUUCGUGUUGGGAUCUGAACUCAUGCUGCGUGAGUUCAAUGCGAUUUUCACACUGAGAAUCUUGGAAUUAGCCUCUAGCAGCUGUCAGGGAGACCGCCACUAGAGGCUGGAUUAACCCUGCAAUGUAAACAUAGCAGUUUCUCUGAAACUGCUAUGUUUUCAGGUGCAGGUUUAAACCUAGGGGGACUUGGCACCCAGACCACUUCAUUGAGCUGAAGUGGUCUGGGUGCCUAUAAUGGUCCUUUAACGGAAGAAACUGAGAUUGUAGAUUAUCAGAUGCUCUAUAAAACUAGCCUCAUACAAGUUAUCUGGAGUAAAAGUAGAUUAUUGAAAGAGUUCGAAAGUCUAUCAUGUAUGCAAAGUAUUUUUAAAUCCAGAUAAGCAAAGUGUCAAAAGAUCAAGGUGUCGAUAUGGAAUACUAUGUGGGAUAAGAAUUACUAGCAUGAAAGAUUUGAAUAAGGACUCUAAAUCAUCUAAACUUUAGAUAAGCGAUAUACAAAUUAGAUAUACAAAUACCAAAGUUCAAAACUACAAUAUGUUUUUUUAUUAACACCUUUCCUGGACUAAAGACUGGAGUUUUUUCAAAUAUUCCAUUAGCUCUCAACACACAGUGUGCAUAUGGUUAAAGCAUCAAUAUACUGGUAGACCAACCAUUUCAGCUACUUCUAACUUACUAUUAGCUCUCAACACACAGUGUACACAGAGUUAAAGUAGCAGGACACUUAUAGACUCCUCAUUACCGUUGCAGCUGGUAAUAUAAUCUGAGGUAGUAAUAUGGAGCCAAGAAGUAUCUGACAUGAUUAACAGAAUCACCAAUCAUUACAGAUUAAAACCGACUGAAAUCAAAAUAUGAUCAGUCCUCAGAGUCACAGCCCCAGUCCUGCACUGUGAAGCUUCACAACUUUUUAAUUAGCUACAGCAUGAGUGUCCCCCCUGUAGAGUCACUGAGAACUUUAAAGAAGAUGAUGGUGUUAUUAAAACUAUUAGUGACAGGUAGCACCGUGUCCCCCCUUGUCUUUCCUUGCUUUAUAUGUGAAUUAUAUAUUUGAGUAAAUUUCCUUUCUUAAUCAGCCCUCAGGCAGUCACAAUGGCUUUUGGGAGAGAGAAAAUAACUACUGCUGCUGCUGCUAUUGUUGUGCUCUCAGUGUGGUGCUUCCAAUAUGCCAUCUUGCUACUCUCUCCUGUAACUUUAACCCUACUUCUUGAUGCUAUAACCCAAUGAUGACCCCUGAAUAGAGAGGCCAAUAGCACGCAUCCACUCAUGGACUGCUAGCUCUGCUGCUAGAACGGCAACUCAAUGGACAUUUCUGUAAUUCCUUCUUAAAGGACACUAGACAUGCAAAAUCUGCUGAAUCAGGGCAGAUUUCAAACCACCUCCAUUUUUUCACAUGUCUAGAUGCUCUCAGGACAAUUUCUCCAAACAGCUACCAAUGAGGGGAAGGGGAACUGCAGAACUGAAACCUAUUACAGAAUUAAAUAGACACUAUUUUUCCCAUAUUUUUGUGGCUUACCACCCUCUCCUCUAGAAAAAGAAUCUUAGUGUUUCUAAACUAUUGCAGACAUGUUUUCCCCCACAUAAAAACUGGUGGGGGGGAGUCUUACCAAAAUCCCUCCACUAGUCUCCAUGCUUGGUCUCUAUUAAAUAGUUAUGUACAUAAUAUGCAAGGAUAUUGGUAUCAUACACUUGUCCAUGUUGUAGUGAUGUUAAUGUUCAUUUACACUGAUCAGCCACAACACACAGUGCAUGUCAUUUGCAGUUUCUAAAGUUGGGUAGUCACUGACAGUUCAGAGUGCAUGACUUCUGUCCACUGCCCCACUGCCAAAAGUGUCUUCAAUGGGGAAAUGAGCAUUACAACUGGACCAUGGAGCAAUGGAUGAAGGUUGACUGGUCUUAUGAAUUAUGUUUUCUUUUAGAUCAGGGGGAUGGCUGGGUGCAUUUACCUAGGGAAGAGAUGGCAGUCGGAUGUACUAUGGAAAGAAGGCAGGUCAGCAGAGCCAGUGUUAUGCACUGGGCAAGGUUCAGCAGGGAAACCUUGAGUCCUGGCAUUCAUGCAGAUGUUACUUUGACAUGUAUCAUCUACCUAGAGAUUGGUGAAGACCACAUACACCCAUUUAUGGCAAUGGUGUUCCCUGAUGGCAGUAGCCUCUUUCAGCAAGAUAAUGCCACACUGCAAAAAUUGCUCAGGAAUGGCUUGAGGAACAUGACAUAGAGUUCAAGGUGUUGCCUUGGUCUCCAAAUUCCACAGAUCUCACUCCAAUUGAACAUUUGUGGGAUGUGAUAGAACAACAAAACCAAUACAUGGUGGCCCCACCUCACAACUUGCAGGCCAUAGAGGAUCUGCUGCUAAUGUCUUGGUGCCAGAUACCACAUGACACUUUUAGAGGUCAUAUGGAGUCUAUGCCUUGAUGCAUCAGAGCUGUUUUGUCAGCACGAGGGAAACCUCAUAUUAUGGCAGAUGGUUUUAAUGUUGUAAAUGAUCAGUGUAUCACUAAUAAUAAAUCAAUUAGCUUUAAACUGAGGGUUGAGCAAACAUGUCGAGGAAAUGUUCCUCAGUACUUUUAAUAGAGUAUAGAUAGGGAUGUAUUUAAUAAAACAUAGGUUUCCACAUCGAUGAUGCCAUUCUUGAUUGAAUCAAUGCCCAUGCUCAUUAAUCUUUGCCCAAAUAAAUUAAUUUUUGGCAUGUCUCAUUGUAGACUGUACCUCUCUAAAUCACUACCAUGAUGGCAUCAGAAAUAAAAUACUUAGUGUGACUAAGUGUAGUGUGCAUGGGGAAGACUGUGCAAUCCAUGCAAUGCCCAUUGUUACAUUUGUUGUCUACUUACUCUCACUUAUGAUCUUUAUCAGCACAUACCUAUAUGUGAUUUUGCUUUACUUCGGCUCAUGUGUUUCUGCCCAGUGCAACAGACAGUUAUAUGUGGUAAUAUACUACAACAGAUAGCUUUUAGAUCCAAAAUGAUUUUUUUUCCAUAACAUACUAAACUGUUUCAAGAAGAAUUUAUGGCACUGAGUAUUUACUAGCAGCCAGGCUUGUUCUCAGAGCAAUUUGUUAUUGUUUAAGAUCAGGAUGAUAUGAUAAUGACAUAAAUAAUUUGAUGGAUGACAUCAUGAACAGAAUUAUAGCAAAAUAGGAUGUCUUUGGUAAUAUAUUACUAACACCAGUGAUGAUAAAAAGAGUUGAUGAUAUUAAUGAUGAUAAUAAUGAAUGAUAAUAAAUAUUUAUUUUUCUCCUCUUUGACUCAAACAGACCGUGCUUCUAUUGAAGGAACUCUUUAUCAUUUUAUUAUAAUACAAAAUAAGAACAUUUCAGGAAAGAGUCUUCCUGAAAAUUAUAGUGAAAAAUGUAUUCCUCUAUUGUGCAUACUUGUGCACGACAACAAAUAAAGUUUCAUUCAGAAAAUUAGUUUUGAUUCGGGUGAACCAAAUUUAGCUUAUGUUCUGUUUCAGUUUGCCCGGAUCGCUUUGUCUAUGCAAAAUCAGAAAACCUGAAACUUAAAAUAAAUUAUGCCGUAUGCCCCAUCUGCCAUGCCAUGGGUGGGGGCAUAUCUACUAACAGCAUAAAAACGGGAGACUGGCAGCUAUUGCCCCCUCCCAUGUGAACUGGGUGAGAACUUAAAAUCAAAUAAUGUGGGGUGAACAGGUCACUGUGCAUUCAUUAAUAGCUCCCACCUACCACUAAUUAUUAACACUGUGUUCCCCGAUGGAUUCCAUUUAUAGCCCCAACCCACAGCUCAUUGUUGGGAGAGGCAGUAUAUUUUCCUCAUUUAAUAAUCAAACAUUAGGAUGUCCCUCCAUUUUUGUAUUUACUAGAGCCACUAGCCAUUAUUUAAUUUUAAAGCCCCGACCAAUGCCCAAUCAGACUCUUAAAAGGAUACCUGUGCCAAAUCCCCACCAAUAUUUUAUUACAGACCAGGCAGCAAUAGUUGCCCAGUUGUUAGUUUUCAAUAACAGUGAGCAGCUGCUGGUUGUUCACUGGUUUUUAGACAUGUCCGAACCAGCAGCAUUUGACUAAAUAUGGGGGGCCAUACUGACCCCCACAGGCUUUUUAGAAUUGUUCUGAACUAUGUUUUCUUAACUAGGCAUAUAAUAAAGUCUGAGUCAUGAAGCAAACAAAAUAGUUUGUCCAUUGGUCAUUUAAUUUAUUUUGUGAUUCAGCCAUUGACCAUUCGGAAUUGCAGUUGAUGAAUCGUUGAUGACCCAAAAUUUGGAUGAAUCCCAAGUCAUCCAAAAUUGAAUGCACAAGUCUAAUGUGUGCGUUACUAUUUCACUCCAAAGCAAGAUUAACUGUGUAACACAUGUGAGGAUUUCAGAGGAAAUUGGUGUUUGUUUUAGAAGUUAGCAAACAGAAAUGUAUUUCUAUACACACACUCCACACUGUUGAAUGGAAGUGCAUAUUGAAGUUAUUAUAACCCCAGUUGUAAAUAUGGAUAAAUGUAUUUAGACUAGCAUCAUUCAGACCAUGAAUGUGUUUAGAAAUUAUACUGUCUGAAAAAGCUUUUUGCAGAGAAACAAUGUCAAUGGGGCCGUAUUCCCAAUAUAAAGAAAGAUGUUCAUGAUGGACAGCUAUCUGUCUUAGGGACCCAGGUAUAAAAAGGAAAGCAGACAUUGUGCUCUAGACUAUUUCCUUUAUUUCUCUAGUCUAUUAGAGAAUAAAAAUAAUAAUUUUCUAACUUCAUCUCUUGUGUCUGUUGACAAUAUUUUUGUCAGUUACGUAUUGUAAAUAACCUUGUUAUAUAACUGUUAAGCACUGCAGAAAAUAUUGGUCUUAUUUAAAUGAUAGUAAUAAUAGAAAGAAUUUAGAAAUUUGCAUGAAGAAAUAGAAUAGUAUAAAAAAAAUUAGAAAGACAAAGUACAAGAAAUUAACUGGUAAAGCUUCAGACUUAGUUGGCUCAUCCAAAAGCCAUGAAAAUGAGAAUAAGUCAACAUAAUAAUCAAUAUAAUUAUGGAGACAGAUAAAGGUUAUAGUUAGUGCAUUCCAUGCAGUUGAUGAUUUUGUCUGAAAGCCAUAAAGUGAAUCUACAGUGCCUGGAAAACAAAGUUGCUCGCUAUAGUGGCCCUCUCCCUCGCACCCCCUCUUCCCUCCAUGGUGCAGAUGGGUUAUAAAUGUCACUUACCUAAUUCCAGUGCAGAUGCCUAUGCUCCUCCUUUGGCGACGUCAGCUGGCAGGGGGGAUCUAAUGUGCAUAUGUGGCGAGAGCCUCACUUGCAUUAGGACUUCCCCCAUAGUAAAGCAUUAUAUAAUGCUUUCCUAGAAAUAAAUUGUAACUCCUACUUCCAGAGAGAAAGCUCUGUGUGUAGGUGUUACCUGGAGAGAAAAUCUUUUUAUAUAAUGCUUUCCUAUAGGGUUUUGGGUGAUGCUCAAUGUCCAAAUUUGCCUAACCACAUGGAAGUCUUUCUAGUGGCUGUCUGGUAGACUAUGCACCGAGACCACUUUAACAGGCUGAAUAUCCCUGAGUUACGGUGCAUAUAGCUGUGACUGCUUCUGUUCACCUAAACACAUCUUAGUUAAUGUAUACCUUAUACCAUUCAUCAUGCUAAAAAGAUUAUUUAAAAAUGUACAAGUACUUGUACAAUCCCCAGUUUUUCCUCCUUGUUGUAAGACAGGAAUAGAAAGGUGGUCAAUGGCUAUAUUUUUUGUAACAAAUGUAACUAAUGUAUUUCAUACAUUGGAAUAAGGAUUAUUGUUUGCAUGAUAUUCUAUCUGCCUAAAGUGCCUGGAGUAUCAUUUUAGGAUUUUGUUUUAACUUUGAUAAACAUGUGAAUUAUAAUGACUUCACAAGAAAAUGUAUUGCUGUAGGAAGGAGUUAGUGAUUUCAAUGUAUCCUUUAAAACAUCAUUUGAAUUUAUGAAUGUCUUGAGCUCUGUUAUGUGAAUUUGCUAUAUUUCUGUUGUUUCGUUAUGUGUUAUUUGACACAGGUAGUGAAUGUACCCAGGAUGAGAGUACGGCAGCUGUGUUAUACACUGUGCAGAUGGAUGAAUACCUGGGAGGGCGGCCUGUCCAGUACAGAGAGCUGCAAGGACAUGAGUCCAACAUUUUCCUUAGUUAUUUUAAAAAUGGAAUUAAGUACCAGGUACAUCAUUUAAAUUAAUGUCAAUUUAUUGUUGUAUUUAGUUAAGUGAGUAUUAAAAUUAUUUGAGAAAGUGUAAACACGGUAUGACAUACACGGUAUACAAACUGGCAAACUGGCAUUAUGCCCACCCCUCCCUAGCAAAAGGUAAGAAGAAGGCAGGGGCAGACAUUGAAUAGAAUUUUAACCUCUCACCCACCUACAUACAGCAUAGACCCUAUGAACCCUUCACAGACACACACACACACACACACACUACAUCCCUCACAAACACUACACCCAUCACACACACACACACACACACUGCCCCCUCAUAAACACACAGGCUGCCCCUCACACACACUGCCCCCUCACACACACACACACACACAGACUGCCACUUCAAACACACUCACACAGCCCCCUCACACACCCUGCACCCCUCACACACUACCCCACACUGCUCCCAUCACACACACUGGCCCCUCACACACACUGCACCCUUCACACACACUGCACCCUUCACACACACAUACACACACACACACACACACAGCAUCUCUCACACACACAUAACCUCUAAUACACACACUGCACCACUUACACACACAUUUACAGCUCCUUUCACACACACACACACUGCACCUCAGACACACACACUGCCCCCUCACACACACACAACACCCUUUACACCCACACUGCACCCCUCACGCACUGCACCACUCACACACACUGCCCACCUCAUGCACAAUAUACAGACAAAAAAUAGUGAAUUACAAACACUAUAAAAUAACCCUUGUGGCUAUCAAACGGGGAAAAAUUAAUAAAGAAUAAUUACCCCUGGUUAGGAUGUGUAAAGACUCCUCAGGGUCUUCAAUAUAAAUGUGAAACAGUAGAAAACACACCCUAAUGAAAAUAUAAAGGGAGACCAAUAGUGCAGACUAAAAAAUAAAUAAAAAUCAAACCAUAAAAAAUAUAAAAACACUUUAAGAAGACUAUCUAUAUCCUGCCUAUUAAUAUCUUUGUUUGUGAGUGUAUUUUUUAUAUUUUUCAUGGUUUGAUUUUUAUUUAUUUUUUAGUCUGCACUAUUGGUCUCCCUUUAUAUUUUCAUUAGGGUGUGUUUUCUACUGUUCCACCUCAUGCACACACUGCCCCUCAGACCCACACACACUGCCCCUCACACACACAGCACCCUUCACACACAUACAUCACCCCUCACACACACAACACCCUUUACACACACACUGCCAAAAGUUAAAGAAAAAGCAGACAGUGACAGCAAUGGGCACAAUGCCAAAAAUGUAAGAAAAUCCAGGAAAUUAUUAUUGUUAAUGUUUACAUAGGAGUGAUUUUAUGAUACAAAUAUUGGAAACAGUCUGAAGAACAUAUUUAAUGACAAACAGUUACAGGAAGAAUUUUGCUUAGUCACUACAACAGUUAAUUUCUUGAUGUUUCAGAUAAAGCAAUUAAUUUUUAAAUUUUUACAAUAAAUUUAUGUUAUCAAAUUAUCUGUAUGAGAUUUUGCCCAAGUACAAACUCACAACCGUAAAAUGUUUGAAGUUAAAGGUGUACAGCAUCGACAUUUUUAUUGUAGGCUGGUGGUAUAGCAUCUGGCUUCCAGCAUGUGGUGAUCAAUGACGUCAGUGCAAGAAGACUUCUACACGUUAAAGGAAGACGAGUAGUCCGGGCGAGAGAAGUUCCACUUAGCUGGGCCAGCUUCAACAGUGGGGAUUGCUUUAUCAUUGACGUUGGACCUGUAAGCAUGAUAUAAUAUCAAAUGUUAUAGUUCAGUGGUGAAAGAUACUUUAACUGUCGGAAUUCCAUUGGAAUGUGCUAUGUAUUAAUCAGUUGAUUAUAUAAUGUUGUACUUCGGCACAUCAGUAGUUCAACAACCCAGAGAUCUCACCCUAAUUUUUCAUAUGGGGAGUAAGGGCUUGUUUGUGGACCACAUAAUUUGUCCAAAUGUGGGCAGAGAUUUGCAGUUUGGUGUAGAGCUGGACGAGGGGACAGAUUUAAGCAUCACUUUCCUCACUCUAAAGUUGCCAUAAAGACAAAGGGACCCCUGUAAUAUUGCAGUAAAAUGCUAUAAUGAAUCUAUACAAUAUAUAAUACAAAAAAAUAUCAAACUAAAAGAGACCUGUUUUGAGAUUUUGUGAUGUUUGAUAUUUUACACAACCAAAAUAAAUAUUUAUAGUAUAACUAUAAAAUUAAAUCAAUGGAGACAUUUAUAUAUUUUAUUGAUUUCUUCAAGUUUCUCUCUUCCAUUACAUUUAAAAUGGUUUGGUAAUGUUUUGCUGAUGUAAUGCAUUAUGACAUAAUUGAAGCCCCAAUAUUGGUAAAACAUUACUACAAAUGUAUUUACACUAUGCCCCUCGCUCAUAAUGUCAUGCAAAUAAAACUAAAUAUAAUCACAUUCAAUCUAAGACCCUAUUUUGGGGUGUGCUUCCUAAAUGUAUAUGGUGGUUGACUUCAUAAUUUGUAAAAUAAAUAUCCAUAAAUAAAAAAGCAAGAUUCCAUUAAUGCUCUUAAGGCAAUAAUACUGGCAACGUAUCAAAGGUGAAGUAGUCCACAACAUCUGGAGUGCAAAAGGUUGGCCUUCAUCAUAUUGACUAGAUUUAAAAGGAGCAAAGGUUUAAAAAUAAUAUCAGCAAGUAUUACUUUACUGAGAGGGUAGUGGAUGCAUGGAAUAGCCUUCCAGCUGACGUGGUAGAGGUUAACACAGUGAAGGAGUUUAAGCAUGCGUGGGAUAGGCAUAAGGCUAUUCUAGAUAUAAGAUAAGGCCAGGGACUAAUGAAAGUAUUUAGAAAAUUGGGCAGACUAGAUGGGCCGAAUGGUUCUUAUCUGCCGUCACAUUCUAUGUUUCUAUCAUCAUUGUCAUUGGCUGGAAUUACGUUUUCAGCCAAUAGGCAUAGACCUAUUAUCAGGAAAUCCUGGAGGUAUAUAAAUGCUACUUUCAGACCAUUACUCUAUGCAAGGUGAGGUUAAGAGGACAGUGGUGCAAUGUAAAAUUCUAAUAUUUUUUAGCACUUAUCCUACUUUUCUUUUUAAAACCACAGCUAAAUGUAUUCACUCAAAAUUGUGCUUUGAACAUUCUAUGAUCUCUGAUUGACAUUUUAACAAAGAUAAUGUACAUGGUUACAACGUUUAGUGCAUCUUGAUCACUAUUUAGAUUUGUGUGCCUUAAAUGUACAUGGAGUACAAUUAUUUCAUGCAAUUGGUAUGUUUUAAAAAAUCAGUUCUAGGGAAAAUACUAGGUAAAAGAGGAGGAAAUAAUGUCUAGUAAACCAAGUUUAUUUAUUCUGGAUCUUAACAGUGAACAUUGAAACUUGAAACUUUGGAAUUGUGAUUGUAACCUGGAUAAGAUGCAUUCAAAUACUUUCACUGUUACUUUCACCUUUGUUACUUUGACAAAUAUUAUGUUUGUUUCUCAUAGUCUUCCAGCAGUAAGUGACCUUUAGUCAACUCUCAAAGCAAUGUUAAGCAAGCAACAAGUGCAUUUUGUCUUGUAAUUCUUAAAACAUUAAAAGACCAGUAUAGGGCCAGGAAAACAUACUCGUUUUCCUGGCACUAUAGUGCCCUGAGGGUGCCCCCACCCUCAGGGACCCCCUCCCGCCGGGCUGGAUGGCAAAGAAAGGGGUUAAACUUACCUUUUUUCCAGCGCCGGGCGGGGAGCUCUCCUCCUCCUCUCCGCCUCCGAUCCUCCUCUUCGGCUGAAUGCACAUGCGCAGCAGGAGCUGCGCGCGUAUUCAGCCUGUCUCAUAGGAAAGCAUUCAUAAUGCUUUCCUAUGGACGCUGGCGUCUUCUCACUAUGAUUUUCACAGUGAGAAGCACGCAAACGCCUCUAGCGGCUGUCAAUGAGACAGCCACUAGAGGCUUUAGAGGGUGGAUUAACCCAUUUAUAAACAUAGCAGUUUCUCUGAAACUGCUAUGUUUAUUUAAAAAAGGGUUAAUCCUAGAGGGACCAGGCACCCAGACCACUUCAUUAAGCUGAAGUGGUCUGGGUGCCUAUAGUGGUCCUUUAAUUAUAAAAAAACAAAAAAACCUGGACAAAAACUCAAAACACAAUUUACUAAUCAGAAUGUAUAUCUAUAUUUUGAAUAAUGAAGGUUUAAUCCUCUUGGGUAGAAGGGCUGGCCGGUGUGUGCCCACCAGCAUUACUUGCCUGAGGAGUUUCCAUACUUAUUUUUUAGGACUUCACUCGAGUGACAGAGGUUAAAAAAUGCAAAUGUAGACAGAGAUAGACAAACAGUGACAAAAUGAGAAAAGGAGCAAGUAGGCGGGGCUACCAGCAAACUGAGAAACGAGAGAGGCUAAAAAGACUCACGGGAGAAAAUUGGAGUUUUGCCUAGAGUAGUAAUAAUUAUACCACCAGCCCAAGUGGCGUAGCGUGGGAUGCCAGCACCCAUGGCAAGGCAAAUAUUGCACGCACUAACCUGUGAACCGUUAGCUUUCUCCGUGUCCCAUAUUGGGUGUCUAAAUAGUUUUGCUACUCCUUCCCUACUUACCUCAUCUCAGCAAUGUGUAGGAUACUGAUAGUUGUGUAAUUGUUUAAAUCCACCUCCACCAUGCCUAAAGGAAUGUAUAUACUCUAUGUACAUUACUUUAGGUGUAAGGUCUAUACACAUUACUUUAGACACGAGGUGGAGGAGCGACACUAUCUAGGCACAUGUUACAGACUACUGGUAUGAUGCCAUGUAAUAAGGAUUUACAUAAUGCACAUUAAUAGCUUGAUUUCUCUUUUUAAGAUACCGUCGGUAUCUUCAAAAGGGAAAGUAUGUUAUUAAUUGGCAUUAUGUAAUUUAUUACAAUCAGGAUUACAUGAAGACAGUAUGGCUGUAAUAAUUAGCAAGAAAAAUACCCUAAAAUGUUACGUGGCAAUAUUUAUUUGCCCGUCAUGUUGAAAAGCUGUGUAGAAUUUUCAAACAUUGGGAGAUUUUCUGUGUGAGGUGGAAGGCACGCUCUCAUUUAUUUAUUACUACUUUAUUUUAUCUUUCUUUUGAAAUGUUGCUCCUCUAAGAAGUUUGGACAACCACCUCACCAUGACAAAGCCACACACUGGCUUUGAAUAUACUGUAUCAAUAGACAUAGAAACUUAUAUGAGAAAAUAGGAUCCCAGACAUGUAAAUUGCCACACCUGAUGUUGUAGAUGAACAUCAGCUGAUUAUAAUGAAAGUAAUAAAAAAGCAUUGGUUGGUAACAUUUUAGCCUAUAGUCUAGCCCAGGUUUAGGCAACCUUCGGCACUCCAGAUGCUGUGGACUACAUCCCCCAUAAUGCUCUUACACCCAUAAUGCUGGCAAAGCAUCAUGAGAGGUAUAGUCCAAAAUAUCUGGAGUGCCGAAUGUUGCCUAUGCCUGUUCUAGCCAAUGGUAGCCCUAUGCAUCAUCUGAGAUUGCAUUCAGCUGCACAUUCUUAUAACUGAUUGUCAGGGCCUUCUAAAGAUGGUUUCUAUGGUAAGUGAAACUUAUCAAUCCCCUUUAAUUUAUAAAGCAAACUCUUCAGGACUAAACUCUCAGAAAAAAAAAAUCUACCAAAACGUUAAAUCAAUUUCCAGGUGACUGAAAUACGUAAGUCGAAAUGUCUCUUCCACAUCAUCGUUCAACUACUGCUCUACACUAUGCUAUAUUACACUGUUGUGGAAAAACAACCAAUUAUAAACUAUUUUUUCAUUUGAUUGUGACUACCACUAUAGAAGCAUAAUGAGGGAGAUUUAUCAAAGUGUCCUAAUCUGGACUGUGUUCUAAAGUACUAGAUGUGGGGCAAUCACCGUGGAAACCAGUGGAAUCAGCAGGAACAUUGGUGACUAUUCCCUUGCUACAUUUUUGAAUCUCUUGUUAAAAAGGAACGCGUUACUAAAUCUUUCUGUUUUCAGGUGAUAUAAUAUUGGUGAUUUUAUUACCCACAGGAAAUUUAUCAGUGGUGUGGGAGUAAAUGCAACAAGUACGAGCGAGUAAAAGCCUCACAAGUUGCUACUGGAAUUCGUGACAAUGAAAGAAAAGGAAGAGCAAACCUGACAGUUAUAGAAGAAGGAAGUGAACCAAGUGAUCUUAUUAAAGUAAGUAAUUAAUUGGCAUGACUAAUGAUUAUCAUUUUAUAGAGUACACUCUUAUAAAACGUAAUAACACCAUACUAUUAUAUUUAGAAGUGAAACUGCAUUAAAAUAAAUUACAGGAACAUCAUAGUGUUCCUAGCACCAUAGUACUGGAAUAAACGUUCAGGUGUCCGGCACUCCCUCUUUGGAGUGAAAAGGUGAUUUUACUUAGCUUUACUCCACCUCUGUGCCGAUAUUGCCUCCGUUAACCCUGCCUCCAUGGUUGAGAUUAUAAAUCUUGAUGAUCUAAGCCAAGGGUUCCCAAUACAGUCCUCAAGUACCCCCUAGCAGGCCAAGAUUUAGGUAUUACCAUGUUGUGUUCUUUCUUUCUAAAAACACCUUAGACACAAAUGGGUAAUCCCUAAAUCCUGGACUGUUAGGGGGUACUUGAGGAUUGGGUUAGUAAAGCAUUGGGAGGCUAUUGCACAUGCAUGGCAAAACUCUGCACUGAGCCAAUCAGCAUCUCCUCAUAGAGAGGCAUUGAGUCUUCAUGCAGAGGGUGGAGAUGCUAAGCGUAGGAUCAGUACUAGAAUAUGAAACACCUCUAGUGGCCGUCUAUGUGCCACUAGAGAUCUUACUAGGCAGCAAUUUAAACAGUGCCUUAGCUCAUCAAGGCAUUAUUUUCAUCACUCAGCCUGCAGGGACAGGCUAUAGACACCAGAACAACUACAUGAAGCAGCAGUGGCUCUGGUGAUUAUAGUGUACUUUUCAUAAUUACUAUAAGUACCAAUAUCUACAUGUAUCUGAUUUGCAGCAGAUCACCAGGUUUGCUGCUUCUGGCACGAUGUCUGCAAAGCCAGGAUAUAUCUGAGAUCAGCAUCAUUUGAAUUUUAUGGUUUGAAAUCAACCAAUAGUUAAAGAAUAAAUUAUUAAUUAUGCUGUUGUGUUUUUUUAUCAGUGGUGUAUGACAUAGAAUAUAACAGCGACAUGUUGUAUUACAUCUUUUUGUAAAUUUAUAGCAAAAUAAUAAAAACCUGCGAUGGUAGAGAUUUGUGUUUUUUGAUAGGUGCCCACAUUUAUGCUGCUAUUGUCAGUUCCAGUCUGCUGCGCAUGUACUUCUAACAAAUGCUUGCAGGCAAUGUCUCACAAUACGGAGAUAUGUGAGCAGUGUUUAUUUUGGCUGCAAAUUUCAAUUUAGUUUUAGUCAUAGUCUUUUGACUAAAAAGCCAUUUUAGUUUUAGUUGUAUUUUAGUCAUCUGAAUUGUUUUAGUUUUAGUCUAGUUUUAGUCGAAUAAAUCUAAAAAAUUUGAAUAUGUUUGAUAUUUUCCACUAAGUGAGGUUUUAAAUAAUAUAUUCACCUCUCAUGACAUGCAUAGCACAAUUUUGUUUUGUUUUUUUUGUAUAUUAUGUUUACUGGUGUGGUGGUUUAUUUCGAUCAAGUAAAUGGAUGUGUGAGUGUGCCUUGGGUUCUGACAUUCAUGUGGAUGUUACUUUGACACGUACCAGUUACCUAAAAAUUGUUGCAGGGAUUUACAUGUACAGCCCUUCCCGGCAGUGGUGGUUCCCUGGUGGAAGUGGCCUCUUUCUGCAGGAUAAUGCAACCUGCCACACUGCAAAAACUGUCCAGAAUUUGUUUGAGCAACAGAACAAAGAAUACAAGGUUUUGCUCUGUGGGAUGUGCUCGAACAACAAAUGCAAGCCACACAACUUGCAGGACUUAAAGGAACACUAUAGUCACCUAAAUUACUUUAGCUAAAUAAAGCAGUUUUAGUGUAUAGAUCAUUCCCCUGUGAUUUCACUUAGUUAAAUCAUUUUGUUUCGGUUUAUGCAGCCCUAGCCACACCUCCCCUGGCUAUGAUUGACAGAGCCUGCAUGAAAAAAAAAACUGGUUUCACUUUCAAACAGAUGUAAUUUACCUUAAAUAAUUGUAUCUCAAUCUCUAAAUCAAACUUUAAUCACAUACAGGAGGCUCUUGCAGGUUCUAGCAAGCUAUUAACAUAGAGAAAAUCUUAAUUAAACAGAACUUGCAAUAAAGAAAGCCUAAAUAGGGCUCUCUUUACAGGAAGUGUUUAUGGAAGGCUGUGCAAGUCACAUGCAGGGAGGUGUGACUAGGGUUCAUAAACAAAGGGAUUUAACUCCUAAAUGGCAGAGGAUUGAGCAGUGAGGAUGCAGGGACAUGUUCUAUACACCAAAACUGCUUAAUUGAGCUAAAGUUGUUCAGGUGACUAUAGUGUCCCUUUAAAGGAUCUGCUACUAAUGUCUUGGUUCAAGAUACCACAGGAUACAUUCAGAGAUCUUGUGGUGUCAAUACCUCAUCGCAUCAGAGCUGUUAGGUAGGUGGUUUAAAUGUUAUGGCUGAUCAGUGUAUACCUGACUACCUGAAAUCCUCAUAGACUUUAAAUGUAUUUGAGCAGGGUCUCUCUUCAUAUCCCCUUUAUAUACUUGUAUACUUGUUGGUGCUAUAUAAGAAAGCGGCCCGAUCCUCCUUCUCCUACAGAGCGCCGCAAUUGUGGAACGACCUCCCUAAAGUCAUUUAAGAGAUCCCUCUCUACAUACCUCAAAACAGAAUGCACGUGUCAUGGUUGAUUAUAUAUUUCCUGCCUGUUCUAUGUUAAAUUUUGUAUAUAUUGUGUAUUAAUAUUGUUUUUGUAUUUUGUUGUACCUAAUGUAACAAUGCAAUGAUUUGUGGACCCAGGACAUACUUGAAAACAAGAGAAAUCUCAAUGUAUCUUUCCUGGUAAAAUAUUUUAUAAAUAAAUAAAAAUAUUUUAUAAAUAAAAUAAAUAAUAUAAAUGAAAAUAGUAGUAGAAUAGUUAUCAGGAUUCUGUCAGUCAAGAGGCCAAAAUAUAUUGAAAUGCAUUUUUACUAAUCUCACACUAGGUGGCACUACAAAAUCAAAAAUAUAGUUCUGGAAUGAAACGGUAAGCAAUUGUUUUCUUUGAAACACGUAUGAUAUAAAUUAUGAAAUGUUACUUUAACUUAAACUCUUUUUUUUUUUCUGCCUGUGGUGAAACAAUGGUGUGAUUAUAAGCCCUGUAAGCGGAUAACAUAUUUCAUGACUUAUUCUCGGAUUAUUACAGAGCAAAAUGGGCCCCUAAAUUCAGGGCAAACUUAAAGCUUACAUGUCCCAGUAUGCCUGAAAUCAGCAGGGAAAUCACUGUCGGGUGGCUACAGCUCUUUUUAGCUUAUUUUCAUUAGAAAUGGGUUGGUAACAACAUAAAUGACAUAGGAAAUAACAACGACAUGUUGUAUUACAUCUUUCAGUAAAUUAAUAGCAACAUUAUAAAAAGCCGCAAUGGUAGAGAUUUGUUUUUUGAUAGGUGCCCACAUUUAUUUUGCUAUUGUCAGUUCCAGUCUGCUGCGCAUGUACUUCUAACAAAUGCUUGCAGGCAAUGUCUCACAAUAUGGAGAGAUGUGAGCAGUGUUCAUUUUGGCGGAAAAUUUCAAUUUAGUUUUACAUGGGAAAAUAGAUAGAAACAAAGAAUGUGACGGCAGAUAAGAACCAUACGGCCCAUCUAGUCUGCCCAAUUUUCUAAAUACUUUCAUUACUCCCUCGUCUUAUCUUAUAGUUAGGAUAGCCUUAUGCCUAUCCCACGCAUGCUUAAACUCCUUUACUGUGUUAACCUCUACCACUUCAGCUGGAAGGCUAUUCCAUGCAUCCACUACCCUCUCAGUAAAGUAAUACUUCCUGAUAUUAUUUUUAAACCUUUGUCCCUCUAAUUUAAGACUAUGUCCUCUUGUUGUGGUAGUUUUUCUUCUUUUAAAUAUAGUCUCCUCCUUUACUGUGUUGAUUCCCUUUAUAUAUUUAAAUGUUUCUAUCAUAUCCCCCCUGUCUCGUCUUUCCUCCAAGCUAUACAUGUUAAGAUCCUUUAACCUUUCCUGGUAAGUUUUAUCCCGCAAUCCAUGAACCAGUUUAGUAGCCCUUCUCUGAACCCUCUCUAAGGUAUCAAUAUCCUUCUGAAGAUACGGUCUCCAGUACUGUGUACAAUACUCCAAGUGAGGUCUCACCAGUGUUCUGUACAAUGGCAUGAGCACUUCCCUCUUUCUACUGCUAAUACCUCUCCCUAUACAACCAAGCAUUCUGCUAGCAUUUCCUGCUGCUCUAUUACAUUGUCUGCCUACCUUUAAGUCAUCAGAAAUAAUCACCCCUAAAUCCCUUUCCUCAGAUGUUGAGGUUAGGACUCUAUCAAAUAUUUUGUAUUAAAUGUCAGUUGCCACUAGUAUCCAUAGCUUUACAUAAGCCUGUGCCUAGUCUAUUAUAUAUUACGUUGAUCUUAAAUGCAUUGCGAGUUACAUGUCCCAUGAGACACAGUGUCACUCCUUCGACAAUAUUACAUUAUUAUAAUAUUCUGCUAACUUGCUCAGGAUCAUCUUGUUAUUUACUAUAAUACAAAAUUGUGCAUGUUAAAUCUAUUCCCCAUUUGCAAAGCUUGAAAUGUCGCUAGAUUGCCGUUGGGGUACCUCGAGCCCGGAUGUACUUAUACUAUGCAAUGCAAAAAUAAAAAAUUAUAAAAAAAAAAUAAAAAAAUGUCAGUUGCCACAACUCUGACCAUGUUUUAGUUUACCUAAAUAAUUUGCCAUUUGGCUUAUCCCUCCUGGAACAUCAACCCUGUUAUAUAUCUUAGUAUCAUCAGCAAAAAGACACAUCUUACCAUCAAGACCUUCUGCAAUAUCACCAAUAAAAAUAUUAAAGAGAAUGGGUCCAAGUACAGAUCCCUGAGGUACCCCACUGGUGACAAGCCCAUGCUUCGAAUAUACUCCAUUUACUACAUAGUCAUAGUCUUUUGUCUAAAAAGCCAUUUUAGUUUUAGAUCUAUUAUAGAAAUCUGAAUUGUUUUAGUUUUAGUCGAGUUUUAGUCGACUAAAGCUCAAAAGUUUUAGUCGACUAAAAUUGACGAAAAUUGUUAGUCGACAAAAUUAACACUGGAUCUGAGCACAUACUUUGUUUGAAUUUUUACAUCUACUCUGCCAGUCUUUUUACUUGUGGAAAUUACCUAGAAUUUUUUUAAGAUAUGGUUGGAUCAAAAUCAAAAUGGGAACAAUUGCCUGGAAACUGUUUGUGUGGCUUGGCGUAUUUCCCCUAUACAUGUACAAUUAUAGAUGCAAAGUGUAUGGAUGUAUUUACAGGAAGUCCUGUCAGGAGAAAGAGAUUCCAACUUCCAAUUUUUUAUUUUUUUAGGUGGGUGGGGAUGGAGUAGAAACUAGAAGCCUAUUCCUUACUUGAUCUCUAGAAUUCUAGUAUUCCUUAUUAAAGUAUCAACACUUAGAUAUUGAGUGUCCAUGUCAGUACCUUGCAAAGAUGGAUACGUAGCUAUUGGCAGCAUAACAGUUGGGUUUUUUUGGCCUUCUUUUGCUCACUAGAUAUUAAUUUAAAUUGAUCAUAGAGUGCCAGGAAAACAAACCAAUUUUCCUGACACUAUAGGCUCUCAGAGUGCCCCCUCCCUCUAAAACCCCUUCAGCCACUUACCUUAAUCUAGCGACGGGCUCCCGUGGCACUGGUGACCUCUCCUCCCCCACUGACGUCAGCUCCUGAGUGGAGCCGAAUGCGCAUGUGCGGCCAGAGGCGCGCACGCAUUUAUACCCACCCAUACUCAAUGCUUUCCUAUGGGUAUCUUUUUUCCUCAUGGAGUCCAGCGUCAAAUAAGUGCGAUUUACUCUGUGUAAAUCACGGAAGCGGCCUCUAGUGGCUGUCAGGGAGACAGCCACUAGAGGCUGGAUUAACCCUCAGUGAAACAUAGCAAUUUCUCUGAAACUGCUAUGUUUUCAGCUGCAGGGUUAAAACCUGGGGGACCAGGCACUCAGACCACUUCUUUGAGCUAAGGUGGUCUCGGUACCUAUAGUGGUCCUUUAACAGUUUUACCAUGACAUUUAAUCUUUAUAUUAAUUGUAAGUUACAUUGGUAACAAGUGUCCAAACACACAAUCAAAUGCGCCGUAGUUGUUAUUCUCUAAUGUUUCUUCUACUGUGCACUGCAUUGUGUUUUCUAGAAACAAUACCAAACAAGAGGCAACUACAAACAAUUAAAAAAGUGACCAGAGCGCAGGAUAGCCAAACAAAGCCUUGCUAGCUAACAGUUAUUUCACUAUUUUAAUGCUGCAGGUAAUAGAAGUUGAUCACAACUCUGAAAGGAAGCCCAUACACAUCUGUUAAAUGCAUUCAAAUAUAUGAAUAUUCUUUAUAAAAUCAUAAGGUUAUGUGCAUUAGGUUUUUGUGUAAAAUAAAAUAAAAAACCUAAGCAAUUAUUUCCAAAGAGGAUGAAGGCCUGGUGAAUGUAGAGAGACUAGCUGAGAGGAAGCCAACCAAUCCGAGUAAAGAUUUCAGCUGCUAAGUUAGUGGGGGCGUAUACCUCUCCUUGUUAUCUGUGGAGCUGCUCACUUUGAAUCCCCUUAGCUGUGCUUUUUAACUCUCAGCUGUAGUAAUGAAUGGUUUAAAGCAUGGGUGCCCAAUAGGUAGAUUCCCAGGUGUUGUAGAACUACAACUGAAAUGAUGCUUUGCAUGCUUCUAGAAUUGUUUUAAAUGACAAAGCAUUAUGGGAGUUGUUCUACAACAUCUGGAUAUCUACUAUUUGGGCACCCCUAGUUUAAAGGAACACUCCACACAUCUAAAACACUAAAAGGAACAACCCACUGCCCAAAUGGGCAAAAAAAAAAGAAAAACGCUGGUUAGUAGAUACACCCGCGAUUAGUACGUGCAUGUAUUCACUGGGUGUAUAUCUUAAAAGAGCUUGCAAAGGCUGCAGCUCUUAUGAACUGCAUCCUUAGCAAGCCCUUCCCACUUUUUUCCCAGCAGAGACUUUUAGUCUCUUCACAGGGAAAUAACCAAUCAGAGGUUUUCUCAUUGAGAAUCCUCUGAAUUAGUGCACACGUGCAUGCCCACUCCGGAAUACCUAGUUUGAGGUCUGGAGGAGCUGAUCUGAGGUCUAUGGGGGAGGAGGAAGGCACGCUCAAGUAGAGCAUUCCUGCAAUUUCCGUUAGCUCAGUGAGCUGUUUGAUUGACAGCCGGGGGGGGGGAGGUACCUAGUUACUUUAUAAAAUUGAUGAUUACUCAUAGAAACCAGCACUUUUAUAAACCGAGGCUAAACGAGGAUACUCCUCACCCAUAAAGCAUUUAUCGUGCUAUAUGUGUGAAGAGUGUGUCCUGUGUUUUUUCAUUUUACAGAAAAUGCAGGUUUCCACAGACAUUGGCCUUUUGUUGGCACCUGUCAAGCAGACAAUGGAUCCUGUUGCUUCCUGGUUGUUUAGCUCAAUAAAGCUAAACUCAAGAGGCAGCAAUUGCCCAGAGCACCUGUCUUGAAAAGACUUCUCAUUGUCUGCUGAUUGGACAGCCACAGAUAUUCUGGGCAGAGUUAAAAGAGGAGCGCUUGCAAAGGCUUCAGACAAAAGAUCGGCAGCUUUUUCAAGCUGUUUUCACAUAUAUCCUCAAUGAAAAAUGUAUAAUGAAAUGCAUGCAUGUUUUCAUCGCGGUAUAUAUACUAAAUAGUGAUUUUGUUUGUUAUUUGGACAGUGGAUUGUUCAUUAAGUUUUGUUAGCUUUAAUCACACUGAGUUGAAAUAGAAUCUUUUUGGUGUAAAUGUGACAUUUUUAAGCAUCAAGGGCAGUGACAGGUACAGAGUAAAUAUAUAAUUAAUUUCCACUUAUUGCAGAAUUAAAACAAUAUUAGUCACUGACUGUAAGCCCUCGUGUUAAUACUUGCUAACCUUGUCUUUAAAUUGGAAUCAUGCCUCUUUGUGGAAUGUGGAGUUACAUUUCCUGGAGAUUUAAAAGGAUUAAGGUUUAGAGAUACAAAUAUCUUGUAAACAAAAUAUAAGUAUACAUUAUCAGUGCAAUCAAAUGAUAGAGCAGCUAAUCUAUAACAUAGAUGUAAAUUAUCUGUAUAGUAAUUGUAGAUAUUUAUCACAUUAUCCUGUUUCAUGUUACACAUUUCUUUUUUAAUUUCUUCCCAGUGGCUCUCUUAUAUAGGGCCUGGUCCUAAUAUAUAUGCGAUAAAACGGUCAAAUUGGUAAAAAUGUUACGGUUUUCUAAUUCUUUCCCCGUCGUUAAAAUAUAUCUAAUUUAUGUUAUAUGCGAUGAUACAGUCUAAUUGGUAAAAACAAAAAAAAUCAACAGCUUUCUAAUUCUUUUCCCAUUGUUAAAAUGUGUCGCAGCACGCAGUAAACAACUAUUGUUUCAGAAUUAUGGAAUUAUUUGGUCUGGAUUCCAAAUAAACAGAAAAAAAUGAAUUGAGGGCACACCCAGAACACACAAUUCAUAUUAGUAGUGCUUUUAUAAAGACCAACAUAUAUGCAAAAAAACAGAUUAAGGGAACAGCACACACAAACAAUAUACAGUUUUAAAUCACUAUUUUAGCAAACAAAUAUAGGGAUUUGGAAUAAGAUAGGUGAUUUUAAGUAGCCGUUUAAAGCUAUUUUUAUUUAUGAAUGUAUUAUGUAUUUAUUUUUAUGUAUGCCCUUUCUCCUUAGUCUGUAUGUUGCCUAUAUUAUAGUCUUUACAGAAGCACCACUACUAAGAAAUGCGUGUUUUGAGUGUGCCCCUCAAUUGUCUUUUUUUGUAUAUUUGGAAUCCAGACCAUAUUCCUUUUGGAUUGAGCACCCCUCCACUUUUGGUUUGAGUCAAAAAAAGAUUGAGCAGUAAUUAUUUAUAUUGUUUAUCUCCCAUGUUAAAAUUAUCUUAGGACUCGCUUAUAUCGUGGUUCUAAAAUGAAGGUGUGGGCUUAACACAGUAGGUCCACAUGAUGUAACCAAACCCCAUUUGUUUUACAAGAUAGGUGAUUUUAAGUAGCCUUGUAAGAUUCAAAAGUUGUGUGUGCACAAAAAAAUAUGUGUUAUCAUGAGAGGUAGAAGGCAAAGAGGUCUUCAUUUCUUGGUGUCGAACGUUCUUGCUUGGUCUUUUCCUGUGACCAUGUACCCUCCUAGAAGGGGAUUUAUUGACUUAAAAUGGAACUAAUAAAUGUAUAGUACUUAUUAGCCUUUUUAUUAUAAUUAAUUAUGUAUCAUGUUUUUCUUCAUUCAGAUUUUAGGUACCAAACCUGACCUGCCUGAAGGAGAUGAUGAUACCGACAUUGCUGCUGAUGUAUCUCAUCGAAAAAAGGCAAAACUACACAUGGUAAGACCACGUUUUACAAUGGGAACUCUCUCUUCCCCAGUUUGAGUAUGUAUAAAACUUUAGAACGUGUAGUACUGGAAUAUGCUAAAUGUGUGCAAUUGAUUUUAUAAUCAAAAGUAGUUAAGAAAAAGAAACAACCUUAGCAGAGAAAUGUACUGAUAGACUUAGAUUUGCCAAAAAAAUAAAUAAAUGCAAAAUGUGUAAUUCUGAUCCUUGUUAGUAAAUAAAUAUGAAUCAUUGCAUGAAUGUGUAGCUGGUGCCAUCUGCUGGUCAAAUCAGAAACACAGCUCUAACUUAUCAAAAUGGCCAUUAAAAAAUAAAUGUUUUCACCAGUGCAGCCGGGGAGAGCAUGAAUGAAUGCAGUGUGUGUGAGUAUGAAUGCAGUGUGUGUGUAUAUAAUGCAGUGUGUGUAUGAAUGCAGUGUGUGUGUAUAUAAUGCAGUGUGUGUAUGAAUGGAGUGUGUGUGUGUGUGUGUAUAUAAUGCAGUGUGUAUGAAUGCAGUGUGUGUGUGUAUGAAUGCAGUGUGUGUGUGUAUAUAAUGCAGUGUGUGUAUGAAUGCAGUGUGUGUGUGUGUAUAAUGCAGUGUGUGUGUGUGUAUAAUGCAGGGUGUGUGUAUAUAGUAUGUGUUUUCUUAUAGCUGCAUCCUUUGAGUUUCUCUCCAACACCAACUCCAUCAGAUACAUGACGCUUGAGAGGUAUGACUGUUCUAGUGUUUUUGGUCGAUAAGAUUCUGUAAUUAGGCCCCAUCAUAAUUGUCAGCACCAGGCCCACUGGGCUCUUAAUCUGGCCCUGGUGGUGGGUAAAGUAAUUACAUUCAAGUACAAAGCGACAGAAUGAAUUAUAUAACGUAUUAAGUUUAUUAAGGUGGGUUUGCGGUGCGGGUACUUACACUACAUCCCCAUAAUUAAUACACUACAUCCCCAUAAUUAAUGACCGGCAUUAGCAUUUGUUGCACUAUCUGUUUCCUUACUGUAGGGCUUAGGCAGGAUUUGUUUCUGUACAGGGCACCUAGUUUUGGAUGAAGUUUUAAAAAGAUUUUUUCAAUGUGAAAGCCAAAGGAUAGAUUGGGGUCUAGCAACAUACCUAGAUAUUUAAAAGAGCAGACUGCUGUCAUUGUGCUAUUUGAAUUUGUCCUGAUACACAAUUGUUGAAUUUGUAGUUUAUGUAAUUUAGGUAAAGUUCCAAAGAUCUGAGCUGGUUAAACUAACUUUUAACAUAAUGUACAAGACAAAGGUGAUAAAAUAAGCAAUGUGCCAGGGAUAUGCAAAAUAUGAUUAGCACAGGCUGUAGUUACAAAGACAUGGAAAUAUAUACAUUGAAAAUAAUAAAAUAAUAAUCACUAAAUAUAAAAACACACACAGCAAAAAUAACAGGGUAUGUAAAAAUAUAUAGGUGUAGCAGUUACAGAUAAACCUGUUUGAUGCUCUAUACGGAGCCCUACCUUGGCUUGAUAUUACUGUUAGUGCACAAGUGUGUUAACGUUCCAUUGCCUAUUUGUGUUUCCCAUGACUGUACUUUUAUAAUAUAUACACAUGUACUUGCCUUGCCCUGUUUUGUCUCUUAGUAUUACCUUUCUUGUUUUGUUUACUUGUAAUCAUGGCUGGCUGCACUUCAAGGUUUUGUAUUGCUAUUCGUGUUUAUGUUUGUAUUGAGUCAGGCUUAAUGUUUUUAGCCAUUCCUCUGCACUAAAACUAUAGUUAAAGGGUUUAUCCAGUUAAAAUGAAACAUUUUUUUUUUUUUUAAAUAAAUGUGUUUAAUACCUUUGGUGGCCUGAUUAGUGGAUUUACCUGCAGCUGCACAUUGUCCCCUCCCACCAGAGUAUGAGAAGCUCCAAUCAGAAUCUUCUCAUUUUUGCCUGUGAGGACUUAUGAUAUCGCAAAAUCUCCUGUCUAGCAGAGGAUGGGGACAUAAUUGAAGAUUAUGCUAGCUUUAGUGUACAGAUAAUCUUAAUUUUAAUAAUGACAGGAGGCGAGUAUUUUGCAUAAUCUUUCUUUACUAUCUCCAUAGCAGCAAAGAAAUGAGUGACAAAACUUUUAACCAAUCACAACGUAGAAUAGGGUAUAAGAGGUGAGACCUAUGACAUCAUUUCCUCUUUUAAACUUGCGACAUCACAAGACCAUAAAAGUAGAAAAAAUUAACCGAACAGCUGAGAAGUCCAUAGAACAAGAAACUGGAAACUUAAUCAGAAUAAACUGAAUCGGAACAGGUAGAAUGCAGAUGAAGACGUGUCCUUGUCAAACGAUGGUCUACGAAGACCUGAUGAUGAAUCUCCUGAUGCGAUGAUGACGACAUCUUGCAAGGAGACUUUAAUGAUUCCGUGUAGCUCCUGGUUAAGCUGAAACGAGAGUAUAAGGUGCGUUAGAGUCCAGAAGUGAUUGUAUAAAACAAAGGAUGUCUGUCCCAUAAUUCAACUUUAAUAUCGUCUAGUAACAUGAGAAUAAAAUAAACUAAACGUCCUCCCUAGCGGUGUUAAAUAAGUAUCCCACCCAAACAAUAUAAAUAUAUAAAUCUCUAUGAUGUAAAUAAGGCAGUUAAACAAGAGCUAUCGUGUCAGGUAUUAUACCAACAUAUGAGAGAGCAAAGUGUAGUAGGUAGAAGUGAAAAUAAAGGGAGGGAAGAACGAAAGAGAACAGGGAGGGAAAAUACUCGCCUCCUGUCAUUAUUAAAAUUAAGAUUAUCUGUACACUAAAGCUAGCAUAAUCUUCAAUUUUAUCACAUGACAGGAGGCUUCGUAUUUUGCAAUUUCAACGCUGAGAAAGAAAAGCAAAUGCCGGAUUAUCAAGAGGACGAAAGUAGAAUGUCCUAAAGGUAGAUUCUCUGGUCCAGUCCGCUGCUCGUAAAAUGUCCGAGAGGGACGCGCCUGCCGCAUAAGCGGAAGAGGCCGCUGCCCCACGAACGGAGUGUGCUCCAAAAGUUUGGUCAAUACCGGCAAGGGAUAGUAGCCACCUGACCCAUCUGGCCAGUGUAGUAACCGAGACCGGACCAUAAGGGCGGACGUAAGAGAUGAGAAGUUGAUGAGUGGAAGGUUGCCGCAACGUCGCGGUGGCUUCCACGUAGUGACGGAGGGUUGAGACCACGCAGAGUUGAGGGUCAGAAGGGAAGAAAGGGUAGAAGACCGAGAGAGAGUUGGACUUAGUGCGACGUGAGAUCUGAAAGGUGACACCCGCCGGACAGAAAGUAAACGCGUUGGCAUCAAAGGCGCGUACGUCCGCUACCCGUCGAAAGGAAACCAGACAGAGCAGGAGGGUGAAUUUUGCGGUAAGUUGGCGGAGUGAUAGUUUUUCGUUGGGAGGCCAAUUACGUAAAAAUUGAAGGACCACGCCAACGUCCCAGAGACUAGAGUAUUUAGGUUCCGGGGGGCGCCGUAGGCGCAUACCGCGGAGAAGUCUGCAGAUGAGCGGGUCCUUACCAACAGGAAUCCCCUGUAUCGGAGUGUGAGCCGCUGAGAUGGCUGACCGUACCACAUUGAUGGAACGGUAUGACUUUCCUGCGGUGAAAAGUGAAGUUAAGAAAUUCAUGAUGGAGUGAGUAGGUGCAGUAAAGGGAUUGAGGUCCCGUCCCACACACCAACUUGUCCAGGAGUGCCAUGCUGAUAAGUAGCACCUCCUAGUUCCUGGUGCCCAUGAAUCCCAUAGCAGGUCCUUAGUUUCCUGCGAUAAUUCUUCGGUUCUCCAGGAACCCCGGAAAGAGUCCAGGCCACAAGGGGCAAGCGUUCCUGCAGGACUAGUGGGUGAGGAAGGCCCAAUGGAUUCCUGAGGAUGGUUGGGGCAUCUGGAAGGAGGAGGGGGUCGUUGAUUGAGAGUUCCAGAAGGUCCGGAAACCAUGGCUGGCUCUGCCAGAGCGGCGUGAUGAGAAUUAUUCUCACUUCCUGUAGACGGAUCCGGUGAAGGACCCUCGUUAUCAUUGCGAAAGGAGGGAAUGCGUAGGCGCCGUCCCUUGGCCAUUGUUGGAGAAAAGCGUCCGUCGUCCGUUGCCAGGCUCUCCGGGUCUGGGAGCCAGCUGAAGAAAACUUCUGUCUGUCGAUUGUUGCGGGACGCGAAAAGGUCUAGGUAGAGAGGUCCCCUCUGUGCAUCCAGUAGCGCGAAAAUGUGAGGGUCUAGCUGCCAAUCGCUGGCGUCCCGCCAGUGGCGUGAGUACCAAUCCGCCGUCGUAUUGGAGUCUCCUGGUAAGUGCUCUGCCAGCAAGGUGAUGUUGCGUGGUAGGCAGUAGUCGAAGAUCUCUUUCGUGAGAUCCGCCAGUGUUCGAGAACGAGUGCCUCCAAGGCGGUUGAUGUAUCUGACCGCUGAGACGUUGUCCAUGCGGAGUAGGAUGCAGCAGUUGGAUCGGUCCUUUGCCAGGCUGCGAAUGGCGAAGGACCCGGCCAAGAGUUCCAGGCAAUUUAUGUGCAUCGAGAGCUCUUCGGAAGUCCAGACUCCUCCUGUGGACGUGGUUCCGUCUGUUGCCCCCCAGCCUGAACGGCUGGCAUCCGAUUCCAGCACGAAGUCUGGCUGGUUCCCGAAUAUGGCCCUGCCGUUCCAAGCCUGCAUGCAAUUCAGCCACCAGUGUAGUUCUUCCCGAACUUCGACCGACAUUGGAACCGGUUGGUCGUAUGUCGGUUGUCUGCGAAGGAAACUUGCCUUGAGGCGUUGCAUGGCCCUGUAGUGCAGGGGCCCGGGAAAAAUGGCCUGGAUGGACGCGGAGAGAAGGCCUACGAUCCGUGCCAGUAAUCGUAGGGGUAUGGUAGUCCGACGAAGGACUUUCCGGAUUUCCCUGCGGAUUGCCGUAAUUUUGGUAGCCGGGAGGUGAAGAGUGCAUGAUGUGGAGUCUAUUACGAAUCCGAGGAAUUGAACAGAUUGAGCCAGAGUCAAUGCGGACUUGGGACGGUUGACGACGAAACCCAGAGAGUCCAAAAGGUGUAGUGCGUAUUCCGUAUGUCUCCGCAGAGUGUCUGCAUCCUCGUCGAAGAUCAGGAUAUCGUCGAGGUAGAUGAUGCAUCUUAUACCUUGGGAUCUGAUUUUUGCCACUACCGGCUUCAUGAUCUUGGUAAAACACCACGGGGCCGAGCUGAGGCCAAACGGGAGACAGGUGAACUGCCAAGGAAUCCCGUGCCAGAAGAAGCGGAGGUAGGGACGGCUGCUUCUGUGUACCGGAAUGGUAAGGUACGCAUCUUUGAGGUCCAGACGAGUGAACCAGUCGUCGCGUCGAAGCAAGUCCCGGAGGAGGUGUAUACCUUCCAUUUUGAAGUGUCGAUAUACUACAUGCGAAUUGAGCUCCCUGAGAUUGAUAACGGGGCGAAAUUCGCCUGUUUUCUUCCUGACCAGGAAGAUAUUGCUGUAGAAACCGGUGGCAUCCGGAGCCGGUUGAAUGGCACCCUUGGAGCGGAGUUCUCGGAGUUCCGCGUCUAUGAGGCGGGCAUCUGCCCGUGUAGUCUGGAUUGGACGUGGAGGGGUCAGCUGGAGCGGGGUCGAGUCGAACUCUAUUCGAUAGCCCUGCACCGUUUGGAUUAUCCACGCAUCUGAAGAUAGUUCUUUCCAGUUCUGGAAAAAAAGAGAAACACGACCUGCGAUAUGACAGGGGUUAGAGGAAGAGUAAGAUUCCGACUUACCGUUGGAGAAUCUUGCUCGUGAGCGUCCUCGGGUGCCUCGGCCACGAUCAGAUCCCCUGAAGUGGUUGAAUCUAUUUCGACUAGAUGAGUCUGGGUAGAACAUCUGAGUCCUUGUUGUACGGGGGCCGGAUGGCCAAAAACGGCUGGCGGCACGGCCCCUCUGCCGUCCAGCCCUUCCAAAAACACCACGGGUGUGGGAACCGCGGAAGACUUUCCGCAUUGAAGAUUGUGCCUUGUUAAGGGACGUGAAUAUGUUGACCCUUUUAUUUAAUUCCUUAAGGAAGGCCUCUCCAAAUAGUUUACCCUGUGCUAAGGGUCCUAAUUCCUUAUCCCCCAGUUCGACCAGUUUUUCGUCGAUACGGUAAAGUGCUGCUCGGCGCCUCUCCGAAGAGAGGGCUACGUUGGUGUUCCCUAAGAAACAGAAACACCUUUGUGCCCAUUCACGGGUAUCUCGUGCCCAUUCACGCACCGUAUCUGGGGUAAAAGUGUCAGCCCUCUCAUAGGCUUCAUCCGCCAUAUCCAUGAUUCUGGCUAGUGGCCCAAUGGCAUCUAGCAGCUUAUCUUGCGCUCCUUUAAAGCCGCGCUCUAUGCCCUUGCGCGGAUCCCGACCCCCUCGGGACAUGAACGUAGUCAUGAGCGGGUCAAACUCGGGGGUGUGCGUCACUUUGUCCGGUAGACUAGGGCGAGGGCAUUCGGAUCUCAUCCGGUUUCUACUUCCUUGUCUAGCGGUUUUCUGAGCCAGAAGUGCAUAAACCUUGCCAAAUGCUCAGGUGGAGACCAUUCUUCCGAACGGGGGUGCCGGAUGUUUCUUGGGUCAAACAUUUGGAGGCCCGAAUUGUCGAGGAAAAUCUCCGAGCCCUCCUGUGGGUUAUCAAUGGAUGUUGCCAUGGAGUCCUGGGGCUCACCCAGACCCUGUUCCCUUAUGAAGUAAGGGUCAGAGUUGGCCGUGGAAUCCCUGUCAGAGUCCCCCUGGUCAGAGGCUGCCGCCUGCCAUUCAUCCAGCACAGCUAGUGCCUGAGUGGGUUCUACAUCUUCCUCACCUGAGGAAAGUUGUGUGGCAUCGUGGGUAGCACGAACCGUGGCUUUCCUGCGAUCAGCAGGGGCUUUCCCUUUAGCCUUGCGUGGGGUUACAUUGCCCUUCCAAUGGCGUUUUCGCUGUUGGGAGUGUUCCCUGGAAGAGUCAGAGUCUUCGGAGUCCGCCUUAUAAUGAACCCGUUUAGAGGUGGGCCUGGGAACCUCAGGGUUUGUUUGGAGCGACUUGGAAGCGGCUUGUUCCAUGGCUGCAGCCACGGCUGCUGUUAUCAUGGCCUGGAGGUCUGGGGUUUGUGAUUCCUCCAUUAUGAGGAGUGAGGAUUCGGGGCUCACCCGGUAAAUUGCGUGAGGGCACUAGGCACGAUUAAUGGAGAGGCCUGGGGACCGGGGUGGUAUGGUAUCAGGACUAAAUAACCUGUGGUUAGAGACCGGUAGGUCGUAGAGGAGAGGGCUGAUUCACUGGGGCUCACCCAGGUGAUCGGAACCUGCAUAAACAGGACCGUUUAGCAGCGUAAAAUGGGGGCUCACCCCGGCCAGAAUAAGGUGCAGACCAACUGGCUAAACCAACCCCAAGUGUAAGGCACUAACCUGGUCCCACUGAGUGAAAAGGGUAAGGCUUUCAAUUGCUUGUUGGAAUAGCAGGAGCAGAAAAAUCAGGCAGUGUCUAUCUCUUUAAGAUGGCCGCCGGACUGACAGGCUCAGUGUGUGGAGAAUAGUACCUCCCCCAGUUUGGGCGGCAAACUGUAAGCUUGCCAUUCGCAUAAAACUGCCGAACGUGAAUAGAAGAUCUAUGCGAACUGCCGAACGUGCGAAUGCCGAACGUGCGAACGUUUAAAAAGGCGAUCGCGUCAAACUGCCGAACGAAGCGUUCGGUAGUUAGAAACGAAUAGUCAAUGUGCGGUCGCGCGGGCAUUCGAGUAAAACAGGCGAAUGCGCAAAACUACCGAAUAACGCGUUCGGUAGAAAGAACAGAAAACUGUUAAAGAGAAACAGAGAAAAUGGAGGAAAAGUACAGACGGCGGGAAAGCCGUGAAAGACAGUUAGGGAGCCAGACAGGGUCCCCUGGUAUACAGGGGUUAAGAGCAUUAAUAGGGUAAAUAUAUAAAGGUACAGUGAAACAAAAGGUCAUGUAAAUGAAAAGUGUAUGUUGAAUAGAUAAUACAAAAUUUGGUACUUAGCUUGUGAUGGAGCAGCAAAGAAAGAGGAAAUGAUGUCAUAGGUCUCACCUCUUAUACCCUAUUCUACGUUGUGAUUGGUUAAAAGUUUUGUCACUCAUUUCUUUGCUGCUAUGGAGAUAGUAAAGAAAGAUUAUGCAAAAUACGAAGCCUCCUGUCAUGUGAUAAAAUUAGUUUAACCCUGAAGAGUAAUUCUAAUAAUCCCUGGAACUGUGCAAUAAACUGAUAGCAGCUAUAUAGAUGUUCAGUCCAGUUCACUGCAGUUUCAUUUGUAAUAAUACAAAGUGAUUAUGGUGCUUAAACCGCCUCUUUAAAUACUGUAAUUAAAAACCCUGUAGAUUCAUAAUAUAUAUAAUAUAUAUAUAAAAGCAGUAUCAUAUAUCCCAUAUGCUUACUUCUUAUGUAAUAUUUUCCAGCAUGCAUCUGGCCUGCUUUUUAGGACAGGACACACCUUUUUUUUUUAUUUAAACAAUGUAACUAGGAAGCAGGUAACCUCUGUGUAAUAAACUACUAAACAGGUUUGCACACUGCUUUGUUUACACAAAACAUAAAUGCAGGAUCUCUUGUGAACGAGACUUAUACAACCUAGUGUUUUGAUAUUUUGCCAUAUUUGUAUAAAUAGCUACACCCUCUCAAACAGAAUUAUUAUAAUUUGCUGUUUAUCAUAUUUUAUAAAAACAGCAUGGCACAUAUCUUUGACCAAUAGUUUUGUGUAUUAUAAUUUUUUUUAUUUAAAUAUGCAGUCUUAUAAAACCAUUGCUAAUGGUUAAUUUUUUUAUUACUAUCACUUCACUUUAAUAGUUGGCACUAGACCCGUUAGAUAUCAUUUUGACAUAAAUUCCUUGAUGUUGAAAUGGAAUGUCUGCAUGUAUUCAUUAUUAUGAUUAUACAUUAAUUGGUUUGGUUAAUAGUUGGUAAUAAUUGGUUAAUAGUUGUUUUUGCGUCUGAUUCACUUCAAUAAUAUUCCGUUAUAUUCAUUAAUAUUGUAACACACUGAGGUUGCUUAUAAACAAUGUUAAUACUAUUGAUAUAAGAAUCUUUACGUUUUAGGUAUCAGAUGCCAGUGGAUCUAUGCAAGUGACUCUGGUUUCAGAGAGCAGUCCCUUUUCUAUGUCUAUGCUCCUGACAGAAGAGUGCUUUGUGCUGGACGGUGCUGACCAGAAUAUUUUUGUAUGGAAAGGUGAAGCUAGUUUUAUAUAUAAUAAAUUACAGGGAAAAUUAUCAAGACCAUAAAAAAUCUAAACUAAUAACAUGUAAAGAAAAAACACUAAAAACCCUUCCUUUCUGUUGAAUUGUGGGAUGAGCAUGGGUCAGAGUUGAUACCCUGAAACAUUCCAUCCUAAAGGCCUACAAAGGUUGAGGUUUGGGUUUUCAUGGAAAUGUGAUAUACUGUAGAUAAGGAGAUGCAUGUCAGUAGAACAGGUCUGAUAUCUAGCUUCCGUCAAUAUGCCACUUGGAAUAUUAUUAUUCCACCAGCAGGAAAAGUUAGAAUCUUAGAGGAAGGGAAAAAUCAGAGGACAAAUAAAGUUAUAGGGACAGAAAUCCUGGUGAUUAAUUAGAAUAUACACUGAUUAUUAAAGAUACAAGAUUAAAAUCACUUCACAGGUGAAGUACAUAACAUUGAUUAUAUUGUUUUAAUGGCACCUGUCAAGGGGUGGGAUAUGUUAGGCAGCAAGUGAACAGUCAGUUCUGGAAUUUCUUGUGUUAGAAGUAGGAAACUUGGCAAACAAAAAGAUCUGAGUGACUUUCAGAGCAUCUCCAAAACUGCAAGUCUUGUGGGAAACCUAAAGGCUUGCAAAACCUGGGUCCUGACAUUCACAUGGAUUUUACUUUGACACGUACCAUCUACCUAGAGAUAAUUACAGACCAUGUACAUCCUUUCAUGUCAAUGGUGUGCACUGAUGGCAAUGGCCUCUUUCAGCAGGAUACUGCACUUAGGCACUUUACAAAAAUUGUUCAGGAAUGGUUUGAGGAACAUGACGAGUUUAAGGUAUUGCCUUGGUUUCUAAUUUGAUUGAGCAUCUGAUUGAUUGAGCAUCUGUGGGAUGUGUUGGAACAACAAAUCUCAUCCACAGAGGCUCUAACUUGCAGGACUUAAAGGAUCUGCUGCUAAUGUCAUGGUGCCACAUACCACAUGAUCCAUUCAGAGGUCUUGCGGAGUCAAUGCAUCAGUGUUGUUUUGGCAACAGAAGGAGGCCAGGCAGAUUGCCCUGAGUGCCACCGGGUGCAGUCUGCACCCAGUGAAGCUGCUGGCCAAAGGCGCAGGGCACUCCCCCUCCGUCUCUGGGCAGACUGAGUGGAGUGGGAGAAACCCACACCCUUGCUCAGCAGCUCUACCGGGCGCAGACUUCUAGACAGUAAGAUGGGUGUCUCACAAUCUCUGGCCAAACAGAGCAUUGAUGCGUGUUAUUGUUGCAACACUCUAAAACUUCAACAUCUGCCACAUGCUCUGCAAGUCUACAAUGGUGGAAUUGCAGACUGGAUACCUAGUCCACCAGAUCUCCAGGUAUGUAGAUUACUGGACAACCAGGUAAUAGAUUAGUAUUAAAUAAAAGGUAUUUCACUGUGGGGAGGCUGGAACAUAGCCUCCCCACACAGUGUAACCCCCCCCCCACACAAACUGUCACCCCCACACACUAACCCCCCUCACAUACCAUACCACUCCCACACACUGUCAACCCCACACUGUCACCCCACGUCCCCCUGCCGUGCUCACAUUAACUCCUCCUAAUCCUGUCACACUCACCCACUCUAACCAUGCCAUUCACCUCCCCUUGCUCUGCCAAACUCACCUAAUCACAUUAACCCACAUAAUUCUGUCACGCGUACCCCACAACUCUGUCACACUCAUCCUUUGUCACUCUGUCACACUUACAACUCACAUUAACCCUUCCAAUCCUGUCACACUCCUGUCACAAUCCUGUAACCCCCCCAAGCCAUGCCACACUCAUCCUGUCACAUAAACCCCAAUUAAUCCUCUCACACUCCCCUCCCCUCGCUCUGACACACUCACUCCUCUAACCUUGCCACACUCACCCCAAUCCUGUCACAAUCUUCUUGUCACAUUAACCCCCCUAAUCUUGUCACACUUACCUGCCCUCUUCCUGCAACAGUUCUUCCUCCAACGAUGCCACACACCCUCAAACCUGACACACUCACCCCACCAACUACUCACCCCCCAAUGAGACAGGAGUCUCAUUCACCCCAUCAUCAUCUCACACUCAUCUUGCCACAGAUAUCCUUUUACUCACCCUAUCACAGUCACCCCAUUAAGACAGUCAUCAUACACACACGGUGAUAAAAUAUAGCCUCGCCAUAAACACAAUGCACAAAUGCCACUGGCAGCUCCCCAUACGCACAACACAAUGCAAGCAGCUACCCCAUACACAUUCAUACAUUCACUGUCAGACACAUUUUCAGGCACAUACAAAGAUAGACAACACGAGCCACACUCUGAAAUACACACGACAAGAUACACAUUGUGACUGCAUGUCUGUAUUUGUCAAUGUGUAUGUUUUUGUGCGUGUGUUAGUGUGUGUAGGCAUGUGUAUGUAUCAUGUCAGCCAUAAUAUGCCACAAUUAUCCUUACAAUCAGUAUGUGUAUAUAUGUUUGUGUAAGUGUGUGCAUGUGUGCGUGUAACAGUGUGUAUAUGUAUGUAUGUAUCAUUGUGUCUGUGGUUGCAAUGUGAGAGUGGUAUGGGCAAUGCAAAGGUAAAGUGGCAAUAUAUUUUAUGUAUAAAGAGGAAACACACAUGAAGAACAUAUAAAGUAAUAUAUAGGUGAAGAUAUUAUAGAAUAUUUUGGGGGAAAUGUCCAUGACACUUUUUUUAUCUGUAAGUUUUUAAUUUUGUAAAUUAAUUUUUGGCAAACAAAAAUUUAAUUACUUUACAUUUGCACUUAUUUAUACACGACUGCUAGCCUAUGCAAUCAUACUCUGCAAUUGUAUAUAAAUAAUUAGCCUAAAUGCAAUUUCAAUUUGUUUAUUGGAAAUUAAUUUAGUUUUGCAAGAUAUGCCAUAACUACAGUCAGAGAGCUCAUAACGCAGCAGUACAGGGAGCCACAACACUGGCAGCCUCUAAACGAUGAAUAGAGAGACUGCCAGUGGCUAGAGCCACCACUUACUACAUGAUAUUAGGCAGGUGAUUUUAAUAUUGUGGCCGAUCAGUGUAAAUGUCAAGUGAAAUUAAAAUAAGAGAUUGGUUUAAAAGCGGAGAAGUGAAUAAAAAAUAUCUUAAAAUGAAGGAUGAAUGUGAUGGAGGUAGAUCAGAGAAAAUACGAAGAAUGAUAAAUGAAAAGUAAUAUCAUCUUAUUACACACAGUUUUAUUCCAUCCCUUGCCCUGAUUAAUAGUUUGGGAUUUUUUGCAAUUUUGUUAAGGUAAAAAUGCCAACCCCAAUGAGAAAAAGGAAGCUUUGAAGACUGCAGAAGAUUUUAUAAAGAAAAUGAAUUAUCCAGCUACCACUCAGGUAUCUAGCCAACUUAUUGCCAAAUCAAUACCAUGACUUUUUGUUAUAUUAAUUUUCAGUAUAGAGCUGAAAGUUGGUAGUAUACAUACCUAAACUGGAGUACUCUUAUGAAGAAUAUAUAUCUGUUAUUGACAGCAAGCUAUGGUAAGGAUAAAUGGAUGAUAAAAUAUGCAAAGUAUCGUUUCAAAAGUACUGGUAUACAUAAUCUCUGAAUCGAUUUAUACCACACUUGCGUUUUUUUUCCAUAAACCCGUCAUUUUAGAGAAUUGACAUGGUAAUUGCCAAACAGUAAAAGUUAUCCGUCUCAGCUAUAUUCUACACCCUGGCUGUUUUUAUUUUGUAAUUUCAUUGUUUAGUGAAUAAAUCUAAUUAAAUUUUCAGUUUUAAAUAUAAUAACAAAGAUGUAUAGACAGGGUAGGCAACAUUAGUAUUUCUAAUGCUGAACGUAAGCCUAUAGGCUAAUUUUUAACUGUACUUUUAUUUUUUCCAAAUAUGUAAAAAUAAAAUUAAUACAAAUAGUCAUAGUUAUUAUAAUAAAUGUUACAAAUUUUAUUAACUUUUGGAAAAGGGGAAAAUUGUGUCAGCAACUAAAGAGUUAGAAACUGGACUGCUGAAAUGCUAAUAAUAAUUAUAAUCAUCAUUAUCAUCUAAAUGCAAGUAAAUUACUUUGUUUGAUUUUUUUCUAGAUAAUGAUUCUGCCAGAAGGAGGAGAAAAUCCAAUUUUUAAACAGUAUUUCAAAGACUGGAAAGAUAAAGAACAAACUGAAGGAUUUGGAAAAAUAACAACAAAGGGCAGUAUAGCUCAGGUGAAACAAAUUCCAUUUGAUCCAAGAAAGUUACAUGAAUCUCCAAAGAUGGCUGCUCAACAUAACAUGUUAGACGAUGGAUCUGGGGAAUGUCAGGUAAUAUUUUACACUAUAAUAUUUUACUAUAUUUUUAUAACACUUGUGUCAAUACUUUAAGAUAAAUGUAGAGCCAAAUCACUGUAUUAUGUGGAUUGUUGUCAUACUCUACUACAUGUACAUGGGUGUGGCAGCAAAUUACUAGACAGAAAUCACACUUGAUACGGUAACUGUCUAUAGCCCACUCCAUGGUUACCAUAAUUCAAAAUUCAAACAUCCGUGACAUUUCUUGCCUAAAUAAAAAGGCAAAAGGAGUUGCCCAUACUUAGGAUAUUGGGAAAGCUGGGGUCUACAUGGGCUUGAAUUAUUGCACUAUAAGGUGAAAAAAAGACACAGCAGGUGAGGCACAGACACGUGGCGGGACCCAGGCAAUUUGUCAAACCAUGCUAAAGCAAAUGACAGCUUACCCUGAAAAAGCACAAGGGCACUACUUCCACAGUAACCUGGCUUCCACAAUAACCGUGGUAGUGGUUCUAGUACUUGGAGUGUGUGUUCCAUUAACAUAUCAUUUAAGAGGGUUGUAAAUUAACAAUGAUUUAUAUAGCUGAAGGGAUAUGCAAUUUACCACAUUAAUAAGUCUGCAGGGAGUAUGACCUUUUUUUAUUGAUGGAAAUCAUUUUUAUUUUUGCAUUGUGAAAAUGAUACAGGAUUUUAUGAUUGACUUCUUAAUUGAGACUUAUUUAAUAUAUUGUUUAGAUAUGGCGUGUUGAGAGUAAUGGCAGAGUUCCAGUGGAUCCAGAGACGUACGGACAAUUUUAUGGUGGAGACUGUUACAUCAUAUUGUAUUCUUGUGCAAAAGGAAAGUACAUUUAUGCGUGGUAAGUACAAAACACAAACUUUAUGAAAAUAGUUUUAAUUAAAAUAAAUUUACCUUACACAAUUUAACCUUUAAAGGAUCUGCUAAUAUUAUGAUAGAUUCCAGAAGUAAAUAAUAAUUUCCUUCUUUCUUUCUUUCUUUCUUUCUUUCCUUCCUUCUCUUUCUUUCCUUCCUUCCUUCCUUUCUUCCUUCUUUCCUUCUUCCUUUCCCUUCCUUACCUUUCCUUUCCCUUCCCUUCCCUUCCCUUCCUUUCCCUUCCCAAAUGUUGAUUUAUCUUCUGUUCUGUUACUACAGGCAAGGGUCACAUGCAACUAAAGAUGAAGUGACAUAUUCUGCCUUUCUCACAGUUCAGCUGGAUCGCUCUAUGAAGAGUGGAGUUACUCAUGUUUGUAUUUUCCAAAAACUUAUAUGUGCUCUAGUAGUAACACAAGGGUAGACAGUAGACAAAAUGAUGAAAACAUAUGACUAUAUGUAGAUAUUCCACCAUCCCUUUACAAAUGUGAACUUUUGUUAUAUUGAGAUUUUCUACCUCUAAAUUGUGUUGUAUACUUAGGAUGUGACAUAGGUAUCUAUGACCUCUUUGUUUUCUGUAACCGUCAGUCCAUCUAGUGCCAUCCCAUUAUACUACAUUAACGCACAGGCAAAGAGUACUUUGCAAACAAAUGCAGAGAACAGAGACUCAAGUAAUGUUUAAUUGGGUAAUAAUGCUAAAAUAAAUGUACAAGAUGUUAUGAGAAAGUGAAACUAAACUGAUGUGUUGUUAGAUUUUAUUUCUCUAUCCAUAACCAAUUAUGGAUGCAUUUCCCUCCAACAAUACUUGCUAAGAUGUUUCUUCUUGGUAUAUUUCCCCAGUGUACUGACAGAGCUUCAAAAGAACAUUACUGACGGCCAUUGAAUUCUGUUACUAGAAAUCAAAAUUUGAGCAGACAGAAAUGAUAGAUGUUAAGCUGUUAUAGUGAUUAAUUAAAUCUUUCUCAUCCCUCAGUAAAUCCCAUGAAAGGACAUCAAACGCUCAACUCUUCAACUAUUGGCAAAUGUUUAACACAUAAAAAUUUCUAAAAUCUUGCAAAAAAUUCAGAAAAUGUUGAAAAAGAUUUUCUGUAUUUUGACGUAAAAACACAAGAAGUUUAGUUUUACAAUAAACCUAAACAGGUUCGAAGAUAAUAUGGAUAUGGAUAAAUAUAGAUCAAGUUCAUAGAGACUGAAAAUACAUGUAAAUCAUGUUGUUAUUGCUCAUUCAUUAGUGGUACAUUUUAUUUUUAAUUUUACUCUUUUAUAUCUUUAAUGAUAUACUUAGUAUACAUUAUUUUUAUUGUUUAUUUUCAAGAUACGUGUGACCCAGGGAAAGGAACCUCCACAUCUGUUGAGUAUCUUCAAGGACAAGCCACUUAUUAUAUACAAAGAUGGGACAUCAAGGAAGGGAGGUCAGACACCACCACGACCUGUACGCCUCUUUCAAGUUCGAAAGAAUUUGGGCUCAAUCACAAGAAUAGCUGAGGUAAAAAUAUAUCUAUAAUGAUAAUUAUCUUAGAGAACAGUUAUUAACAUCCUUUCAGAAAUAACAGUCCAAACUCAAGUACAUGGGUGGGAUCUUGUGAGCACACGUGAUACACUUACAGAGUUGCUUACUAAAUAGAUUAUUCUCAAGAAUUAUAAGUUAAUUGUAAAAUUAAGGCCAAUAUAGCAAAACUGGAUAAAUUAUCCAAGUCAGCUAUGCUUCAAGUUCAGCUAUUUUGACCUUAAAAUGUAAAUUCACUUUGAAUUCACCCUGAAUUUCUGACAUUCUUACUUACAGUGAGGGAAACAAGUAUUUGAUCCCCUGCUGAUUUUGAACGUUUGCCCCCUGACAAAGAAAAUAUCAGUCUAUAAUUUUAAUGGUAGGUGUAUUUUAACAGUGAGAGACAGAAUAACAAAAAAUAAAAUUCGGAAAAACGCAUGUCAAAAAAGUUAUAAAUUGAUUUGCAUGUCAUUGAGUGAAAUAAGUAUUUGACCUCUUCGACUUAGUACUUGGUGGCAAAACCCUUGUUGGCCAUCACAGAGGUCAGACAUUUCUUGUAGUUGGCCACCAGGUUUGCCCACAUCUCAGGAGGAAUUUUGUCCCGUUGUCCCGGUUUCCAGGCUGAUGUUUGGCCAUGUUGUAUGAUUCCAUUGAAUGUUUGGAUGAUUAUAAGGACUACCUGAAGGUGGAUUGUUAUAUUUACAAUGCAGUGUUAACUGUAAAUUCAUUCUUUCAUUCCUGUUGUGCCAAAAGCUUAGCAAUGUAAUGAGAGAUAUCAAAAAUUUAAAGGAUAUAUUUUUGCUAGCAAUUCAUCUGGAUUUUAACAAACUUUAACAGAAGAGCAACUUGAUUCAGCCAUGACAAGUACACUUUAAUAGAACCAGUGGAUUUGGAACGUUUGACAAGCAAUUGCACAUUUUUUUGUAUUGAAGCCACUGGUGUGUAUAUAGGAAGAAUAGUUAUUCUUCGUUACUUAACAGCAAGUAUGAAAAUAAAAUCAACCAAAUCUUUACUAUUACAACUAUAAUUACAAUGAUUUAUAUAACCUCAACAUAUAUCGCAGUGCUGUACAAUAGGUAAACCAAGAUGGAUAAUUAAUUCUAAGAAAAUAUGUACAACAUACACACACAGUAGGUGAAGAAAGCCCUGUCCAUAUAAGCUUGCAAUCUAAAAGAUAGUAAAUAUAUAUAUAUAUAUAUAUAUAUUAAGUAUAUAUGUCAUUAUUUUGUUUUUACUCUCCCCUUCUAGCACCAUCUUCUGCACUGUUUGCUUGUGUGUUUUUUUUCUCUCUCUCCCCCCUCACUCUGUGAUCUUCACAAAAGAUAUUUACGACCCUCUGCAAGAAUGGUAUCUAUUCUCUAACAAACCUGUGUUUUAUCUGCACUCAUGUCGGUUUAACCCCUGUAUCACAGCUCAACUUUGAAUUCUGUGUGUCGUCUUGCUCAGAAAUGCUUUAGACUUGAGAAAGGAAGGUUGUCCCGAAAGCUUGUCAUGAAAAAAUGUAGUACAAGAUAUGAAUUUUAUCAGUUUUGUUACAUGAUAUAGAAACAUAGAAUGUGACAGCAGAUAAGAAUUAUUUGGCCCAUCUAGUCUGCCCAAUUUUACAAUAACUUUCAUUAGUCCCUGGCCUUAUCUUAUAUUUAGGAUAGCCUUAUGCCUAUCCCACACGUGCUUAAAAUCCCUCAAUGUGUUAACCUCUACCUCUUCAGCUGGAAGGCUAUUGUAUGCAUCCACUACCCUCUCAGUAAAGUAAUACUUCCUGAUAUUAUUUUUAAAUCUUUGACCCUCUAAGACUAUGUCCUUUUGUUGGGGUAGUUUGUCUUCAUUUAAAGAUAUUCUUUUCCUUUAUGUAUUUAAAUAUUUUUAUCAUAUCCCCCUUGUCUCGUCUUUCCUCCAAGCUAUCCAAGCUAUACACAUUAAAAGGUAUAUUUAGAGGUAAUUGGAACCUAGGACCUUGAGAUCAUAUAUAUAAUAGCUCAAGCUGUACUGAACCAAAUCUAUAAUAUGGCUCAACUGUACUGAACCAAACAUUUGAUCUAAGUGUCCUGGGUUCUAAUCCUCUCUAAAUAUACAUUUUACCAUGUAUAGGUUGGAGGAAAGAUGGGAUGGGGAUAGGGGGAUAAAUAUAAUGAAAUAACUCUCAGUAACUCUGAUUAAAUAAAUCCAGAAGAAUCUCUGGUUUGCUGUAAACAGCAGUCAUGCUGCUGAUGCAUGGGGCAGGAUUCUGCUGUGCACGGAAAGUUAUGAGCCUCUGGCAAAGCCAGAUUUUCUAUCAACACUAAACAGACACAAAACUGAACUUAUAUCAUACACUAUAAAUAUAAAAUAAUAUUUAUUAUGCAUUUAUUUUUUUAAACUGAUUUUUUUUUUAUGUAUAUGUACAUGUGAUGACUGUUUCACUGUUACAUUUUUUACGGCUUCCUGAUUGCAGUUUAUACGACAGUCAAGCCACAUAGCUAUGAGAAAAAUAGGCUGUUGUAAGAACUAUAAAUUAUUUAAUAUUCAGUUGAAAACUAGAAUUAAAAAAGUAUAUAGUCGGAGUUUGAUAAGGAAUUUUGAUCUGCAAAAAUUUACAAAGAUGACUGAUCCAUUUUAAUGUUUUUAUGUUCAGAGAUUUAAGUGAAUUGUAGUGUAUUCAUGUUACAUUUUAUCAGAAUAUGAAACGUGUAUAUUAUUUUGCCUAUCAUAGCAUUGAACUGGAAUUUGACAAAUGUAUCCUUACACUAUAAUAGUAACUGUAGUCAUUGAUUGACUAAGGUAUAUAUAAUUUUAUGGUACAUUAAUCGUAGGAACCAUGGAAUGCGUUACACUUUGCAUGAAAUAGCCGUUUUGUUAUUAGUCAUUAACAAACUAACAUGAGUUAAAAGUCCGUUGAUAAGCAAAGGCUCACAAAUAGCAACUGAAAGUCCUAAACAUUUAGAACUCAAUGUUAUGUACACAGCAAUAAAAAAAACAAAAUGUGCAUAAUAAUACAAAUUUUGUGAUAGAUCCCCUUAAAAGUUUUGCAAAUAUAAUAGAAAUUUAAAUUGCUCUACUAUGUUGUACUGGAAUAUGUAGUAUCUAACCACAUCAAAUUUUUUUAAUGACGAUAAGCACCCUCCCUCCAAACAGUAGAUCUAACAGUAACUCCAUGAGAUGAGUUUUGCCUUACCAUAGACGAAGUGACUAGAACCAGUGACCAGCGCCAGUGAUCAGCGACCCCAUGAAGGAAGUCAUACUGUUACCAUACAGUUUGAUUACAUACACUGGCGGGGGGCUCCUGGGCACUCCUGAUAUCAAUAUUACUACAGUGCACGGUAGUGGUUGUUAUUUUUGGAGUGCUGCUUUUAAUGGUUUGUGAAGCUUGCAAUAAUACUGCAAUAUUAGUAUAAUACAUUUGGAGAAUGUUUGCAUGACUUGGACUGUAAUAACUAAAAACUAUAAAGUCACAUGAAAAACAUUAUUGUACAAUAAUUAAUUAAAAAAUAUGAAUAAAAAUGAAAGGGAUGGUGAACCAGAGAAUAUCCAAACACAGUAAAUUCAUACUCAUAAAUCCAUAACAUGAAGUCAUUCAUCACCUCUAAAUUUUCUGGAUUAUAGUACUAUAGUACAUUAUUUAAAUUCUCCAAAUUUUGAGUUUCGACAUAAUGGGAAGUAAAGAUAAUUAUACCAGAAGUUAAACAGUAAAAAGCACACCAUAUAUUCUGCGGCACCUCAGAAUAUAGAAUUGACCUGUUCGAGACGGUAUUCUGCUUUCUCUAAUAUAUCAAUUUUAUCGCUCUUGUGUAUAUACUGUAUUAUUUCAGAGUUCUGAAAAAUCUAUGGUUAUAAGAUCAACCAAGAAUAUAAUUGAUAUGUAUGUGUACAGUUUGUUGAUGCAAGUAGGAAUCUGUGCCAAGGUUGAAAUUGAUGGACUUUAGUCUUUUUACAUCCUAAAAAUAGACAACCUCCUAGUCCAUUAGGAGAGACUAAUUCUUGAACUUUGCACCAUUUUUCAGUUUGAAAGGAGAUCUCAUUUUAUGGAUUAUCUUGUAAAAAUUACUCCUUUUUUUAACAUAAUUUAUAUGCCCACAAUUGCUCACCACUCAUUACAAAAUUACAUGACCUUUUGUGUCACUGGACAUCUUAUAAUGUUUCACCGGUUGGACGAGUAUACUCUCUAAAAAACAUGCUGCAACUGAAGAUAGUGUAUCUGUUUAGGGCAUUGUUGAUUCCAAUAAUUAUGGAUGACCUUCUGAGACUUGAGAGACAUAUGCUCAGAUUUGUUCAGGAUGGAAGAAGGGCAAGAUUGUGCUCCAAAAGCGCUUUCCCAAGGUCUGAAGGUAGUCUGGGGAUUCUGAGUUUAACCCUGUACUACAAGUUAGCUCAGUCUCCACAGGCUUUAUAGUGGAACUCAUUUAGGGACUCAGUUUGAUUGACUGAUAUCAAGGAUUCCAUCUGUUCUCCUUGGCUGUCAUCUUUACUAUAUAUACGAUAUAAGCAGCCAGUGGUGUAGGUGUAGUUAUAGGGAUGUUCUAACAAUUUGUUAUUCCCUUAUGAAACCUUUGUUUGUAACCCAGUUUUCUGCAAAUGAUGUAAAAAGAACCUUCAUGGAUUUUCUUCAUGGGUCUCCCAUUCCCUUAAAAACAUUUGGUGAUUUUCAUGAAAAAGGAUUCCUACUCGGGCCUCUUUGGAGGAAAGUUCCAUAUGUCUGCACAAGAAAAUGACAACCUAUUGUCAAUAAUGGAAUUUUGGUACUGACAUGAGGCUUAAUUAUCAUGGGUCAUCGUUAACUCAGUUUGAAUAGAUUUACAAAUAUAGAUCUCCAGUACAGGGUAUAUAUAUUAAACGCUGGUUACGCUCAAAAGGGUAACGGUAGUGGUUGAGGGACGUUCCUGGCUUUGUGGGACAUAGAUCUGGGUGCUGUCAUCAAUAAUGAUUUCUUGAAAUUUAUAUUUGAAACUGGUUAUAAAUUAUUACUGUGUGCUACUGUUAAAGAAAAUGGCUACAAACGCAUUGUUAGGUGGUAUCUUAAACCAGUUACACAGUCACAUUUAUUCAGAUCUCUCUCCCCUCUGUUUUAGAGGCUCUGGUUCGAUAUUUUAUAUCAUAUGUGGUGGGCAUACAAAUAGAUUGUAACAUUUUGGGAUACUGUUUUUCCUUUUCUCUCCCACCUUCUUGGUCUCACCAUAGCUAUCUGAUCCUAGGUUGGUCCUUUUAAAUGAUGUUCCAUCUGCUUUUUGACUUUUGGUGGCCAGUCUUAAGGUUAUGCCAUAGAAUUUGUACUGCAUACUGCAGUGCAUAUUUGUGUUGCUCAAAGAUGGACAGUAUUUAUUACAACCUUUAAAGUAUUAUUUAGAAAAACACAUUUUGUGUACAGCAUGGUGGAUCUCUCUUCUGAUCUACGAGGGAAACUUGCUAAAGUUUUGAUCUUUAAACCCAAGUUCAAAUCCCGGACAUUAGGGUGCUGUACUGAGUUCGGUCAGCUGUGUUAUAUUUAGCGCAUGAUUGUUCAAUAGGGAGCAAUUUCUCUAUGUGGCAGGUGUGCUCAAUUAUGGGGGUCUCCAUCCAUGUAACCCCUUCCUUUACUCCACCACCUUUUUUCUUUCUUUCUUCUCUCUCUUCUACUAUGCCUCGUUUCCACUGAGCGGUACGGUUCAGGUCGGUACAGUUCGGAAGUGUUAGAAUGGCCCAGCCUAUUUAGGUGAGCGUUUCCACUGCAAGUUAGACUGCCAGGAGGCUUGCGGGGUUUAGACCAAAUGCCUAGUGUUUGUUUCGCACUUGCCUUUGACGUGAGCAGUGACGUUUUUCUGUCCACCAAUCAAUGGAAUGUAUCAGCCCUAACUGUACCAUUUCCUACAGAGCUACAACUGUAGGGGGCCUGGGAAUGGUGCAGCUUGGUUCGACUGUAUGGGCCACUUUUAUAAUGGAAACACUCAAAAUAGCUUACCAGACCGUACCAAACCGUACCGCUCAGUGGAAACGAGACAUUAGUGUCUUCUUUUAUAUUUACUAUCUACCAUACCUUUUUCCAUUGUGAUGAGUUUGUGAUAUUGAGUAUUUGUGUUUAAGAUAUGGUUUUUGUACUUGUCUGUUUUGUGUCUUAUGUCCAUUUUUCUUGGUGUUAUUGUGAGCUUGUACUCAUGGUUUGUUCUUUUUCAACAGAUGUUUUUUUUAUUUUUGGCCUUCUGUUUGUUUGAAGGUGUCUGCCUUUUAUAUUAUUAAAAAUGAAGGGGGGAGGAUUGACUUGGUAUUUUUGUUUUUCUGCCUUAUUAGAAGUAUUAAGUACAGUAUAUAUAAGUAGUAGCUGGAAGCUGAAUAUUUGCUGAUUCUACUUACUCAUAGACUGUAUUAUUAUAUGUGAUCUGUAUUCUUAUUUUAUGUAUUAACCAAUUCCUUCUCAAUAAAAAUUAUUUCCCCAAAAUCAUGCUUUAUUUAUCAAAUGAAAAAUAUACAGAGCUAUUGACUAAAGUGAAAAUUGUCAUGAAUUCCAAGUGAAUUUUAAGCUUAAGGCCAUAAAGGUGAAACUGAAAAAAUUCUCCAUGUCGGCUGUGAUUCCAGCCUAGCUACUUUAGCCUUAAAUUUAAAACAAAAUAUGAAUUCCCAACAAUUAUCACUUUAGUAAAUAGAAAAGUUUGUUUAUGUCCUACCAGCUCAAUGUGUCACUUUUUCUUUCUGAAUAUGCAAAAAAUAUGCAAUAUAUUAUGUUUAUACAGAAAUAAAACAUCAAAUUUGGUGACUUGUUUCAGCUUGAAAAUGAUUCAUCGAUGCUAAAUUCCAAUGAUGCAUUUGUUCUGAAAAUGCAAAAUAAUUCUGCCAUCAUAUGGGUUGGAAAAGGUGCAAAUGAAGAUGAAAUAAAAGGAGCGGAUUACCUAGUCAAAGUUCUAAAAUGCAAGCCCACAAAAGUUGCAGAAGGACAGGAACCAGGUUUGUUUUUCUCCUGUAUAAAAUAUACACAGGGUUUUUCAAUUUCAAAUUUAAACCAAAAUAUCAAAAUUCUCCAAGUCAGCUAUGCUACCAAUUAUGGCUACUUUGGUCAAUUCACACUUGCAGCCUUUUAUUCCAUAGUAUUAUGUCUUAAAAUAAAAAAAGACAUUCAGAACACACAGAUAGAGGGAUCUGAUUUUGCAGACUAUGAUUCAUCAUCAUCUUGAGCACCUUCCAUGCGGCCUCUGUCUCAUGAUAUGUUCUUCCACGAACUGUUAGGAUAUUUAUAUCCCACAUGCUUCCAACAAUCAUUUUUAAAAUCUACUCCUUCCAAAAACUAUUUCAACUAACUGUUGAAAGUAACCUUCAACAAUUAGUUUUCUAAAAUUCUAUCUCACUGUCUUUUUCAUUGAUGACUGGCUUGGCAACUGGAGUUUUUUUUUGAAUGUCAUUAAUUUUAAAGGCUUGGGCUACCUGGAACCCUUCUAUUGGCUUCAUACUGGAAUUGACCAAGGCUCAAUGAGCUAUGGGUAUGUGAGUUAUAGCAGCUCUGUGAGUAUCACUGAAAUAGACCCUUACCAUUUAUAUGUGCACUCCUUUUAUAUUUUCUGUUAAAGGACCACUAUAGUCACCCAGACCACUUCAGCUUAAUGAAGUGGUCUGGGUGCCUGGUCCGGCUAAGGUUAACCCUUUUUUUUUUUAUAAACAUAGCAGUUUCAGAGAAACUGCUAUGUUUAUAAAUAGGUUAAUCCAGCCUCUAAAGCCUCUAGUGGCUGUCUCAUUGACAGCCGCUAUAGGCGUUUGCGUGCUUCUCACUGUGAAAAUCACAGUGAGAAGACGCAAGCGUCCAUAGGAAAGCAUUAUGAAUGCUUUCCUAUGAGACUGGCUGAAUGCGCGCGCAGCUAUUGCCACGCAUGCGCAUUCAGCCGAGAAGGAGGAGAGCUCCCCGCCCGGCGCUGGAGAAAGGUAAGAUUUUAUGGUGAACAUGGUCACUAGUUCUUUAGCUUUUAAAAUGUAACCAUAUGUCUGCAGUUGUUUGUGAACCGCAUUUCCCGUAACGCUCAGCGAACCUAAGGAUUGGCUACCCAUGGGAAUAAAGCCCACAUAGUUUUAGUUCUAAAGUGUUUAGGGUUGAGCUGUUUUUUUAUCCUAAAUUCUCCAUAAUACUCAGAUAGCUAGGACCUGCUGAGCACCAUGGAAAUGUACCACAAACCAUGUAGUUCACAAUUACCUGUGUAAAAUGUACUCCACAAGCACUUGCUAUACUUCACAUAUUUCUCAAAUAACCACAAGUAGCAAUUGUAGCACCUAACCAUCCUUCACCUAUUAUACCCCCAAUGUGUCUCUCAUGCCUUCUUUAGUUCCAUGUUUCUUUAGUUAGAUACCUCCACCCUGAGCUAACUAACUUGAGCCAGAGAUCCUGGACAUGGGAAAUUCGAGAUCUAUAUAUCUCUAUAUCAAAGCGAAACUCUGACUCCACUCACUAGUGUGGAACUGAUUUACAAUAUAUCUCUUCUAGAAUAAGUAAUUCAGGACACUAGGCUUGUUUGCAGAACCAUGCAGACCUAUAAGGGAGGGUGAAGCCUGAUCCUACCACUUGUGCAUGCAAGCAGAACAAGAAUUAGAACAUUUUCUGCUAGUUAUUUCAUUAUCUAUAAAUCUGCCUUUUGAGAUUAUUCAUUUUCGUCCUUAUUAAUUAUAAUAAAUAUUGCUGGCAUUUAAUCAUUAUUAAAUGUUCAUAUAUUUUUGACUGCAUACUUUCCACAGAUAUAUUCUGGUCAACCCUCGGAGGUAAAAAGAAAUAUCAGACUUCACCUUUGUUGGAAACAUCCUUUGAAGAUCAUCCACCAAGGUUGUUUGGUUGCUCAGAUAAAACAGGACGGUUUGUGGUAAGUAGAAUUCUUACAUACAUGCAAUGUGUUGCAAUGUGGAAUUAAAACAGCAGCAUUACUGUUAUUGUUACAAAGUAACGACUUGAGUGCUCUCAUAUAUAUAUAUAUAUAUAUAUAUAUAUAUAUAUAUAUAUAUAUAUAUAUAUAUGAGAGCACUAUAUAUAUUGUUAUGGCUCUCCCAGCAUAAAGGGGUUAAACCGCCAUUUAGUAGAGCUUCCCUUUUGCGGAGGUACAGGCACAGCUACUGUACGACCCCAAACUCCCGAACUGGAACCAGGGUAAUGCUCCAAACUCCCGAACAGUAUACCCAGUAGCACUCCAAACUCCUGAAUGGUAAUCCCACGAAUAGCUGCUAACAGACGAGCAGACACAGAAUCCAAGCGGCUUACAUUCCCAGCAAUCAGUCUCUAACCGCGUACAGUAAAUCCCCCCAAUUACGAGACCAAGCUCCAUAUUGAGAGUAAAAAGGGAUUCUGGUUUAUUGAGGGCUACCUGCCCAGUAUUUAUGCAGGUCUCCCUCCUGGUGGACACUCCCCUAGGGGACCAGUUGGGAGACUGUGACAAGGGACAGACACGUAGCAAAUCCUGACAUACAGAUACAAAAUAUCCCCACAAUGCACCACAACUAACUCCAUUAUCUUCCAGGACAGAGACAAAUCGCCAUUACACAUGUGGGGACAAUGAUACAGAAAAAGGCAGUAAAAUAUAUGAUGUGACCAAUAAUGCAACAAUUAUACACAUGUAACAUAUCCCCAGAUAGCUCAGGUCUAAGUGCACAUUAAUACAGAAUAGUGCUCAGACCACACGAAUACAGUUUAAUUGCCAUGGAGCCAAAGUCUUUAAUUACACGAACAGGCUUCAUGGCAUGCUAUCUGGGUACCCUCAUUCACAUAAUAUAAAGUCCCGAAAGCCAGCGUUCGUUUGAAUAACUGGAAUCAAGGAAGGCUGGAGGUUCAGCGGUGUUUGGUGAGUGAAAGUGUCCACUUUCAGCUCACUGAGUCUAGGCUGAGCACUGCUGGUUGUGCCGGAGACUGCAGAACACCGCAAUCGUGUGGCAGCUAGGUGUAACCGCAACCACCUGGGAACAGUCAAUUAAGCUGCGGUUAACCGCAGCUACUGGGUGGUCAAUUGACGGCACACGCUAGCUGCAGGGAGAUCAAUUGGAGGCACACGCCAGCUUCCCGGUGGUCGCGCCUUCGUUCGGCUUUCUGUAGUUUAACAGGGGAACACAUAGGGACUGUACAGGCAAGGAAAUAAACCGAACAAACAGACGAAUGGAGGGAAAAUAAUUGUAAUCCAUAUACAGACAGUUCUGUUUUAUAUAUAUGUGUAUAUAUAUGUGUGUGUGUGUAUAUAUAUAUAUAUAUAUAUAUAUAUAUAAAACAAGAGGGGGUUGGCUAUAUAUAUACACUUCUCUAAGACACAAACUGUAUUCAGUCAAUCUAUUUGAUCAUCCAUAGUAAAACUGACUUUGACAAAAAUGUCUGGAUUGACCACCAUUUUAAAUGUUUUUUUUUAUUAUUAUAAUGUAAAGGUUUUAUCAUUCACUAUCUCAGUGCAGUCUUUCAAGUGUACAAUGAGACUCAAGAGUACAUGCAUGCAUUUGCACAUCAAAAAUGGGAUUUACUACUAUUUGAUGCACAGAAAUCAAAUGAUCACAAAAUCCCUACCAGAGGGAUUUAAGCAUAAUAAGCAAAUAAGCAUACACAGAUAAUGUUAACCUGCAUAUCUAUGCAGUGGUGUAUCCUGGUUUUGUGCUGCCCUAGGCAGGACAAAGCUCAGGCACCCCCCUCCCCCUGCGCCACCCCCACCCAACCCUUUCCCCCUGCCCCACCUUCUAAAUACACACACACAGUCAGACACACACACACAGUCAGACACAAACACACACACAGUCAGACACAAACACACAGACAAACACACACACAGUCAGAUACAAACACACACACAGUCAGACACACACACACAGUCAGACACACACACACAGUCAGACACAAACACACAGUCACACACACACACACAGUCAGGCACACACACACACAGUCAGACACAAACACACACACACACAGUCAGACACACACACACACACACACACAGUCAGACACAAACACACACAGUCAGACACAACACACACACACACACACACACAGUCAGGCACACACACAGUCAGACACACACAUACAGUCAGACACAAACACACUGUCAGACACACACACAGUCAGACACAAACACACACACACACAGUCAGACACACACACACACACACAGUCAGACACAAACACACACACACAGUCAGACACACACACAGUCAGACACACACACACACACAGUCACACACAGUCACACACACACAGUCACACAGUCACACACACACAGUCACACACACACACACACACACAGUCACACACACAAUCACUCACAUCAAAUUUUUUUUUCUUUUUAUUUAACCCUUUCUCCUUGGGGUCCAGUGGCUGCUGGGCUGGGCUGGGCUGGGCUGGGCUGGGCUGGGCGGGCGGCUGGUGAGGGAGCUCUUCCUCUGAGCGGUCUGCUCAGCUCCCUCACGUGCCGCAGAGUGAGGCUGGGAGCCGGGUUGAUGAAGUCAUAUUCCAGCUCCCAGCCUCACUCUGCGGCGUGCAAGGGAGCUGAGCAGACUGCUCAGAGGAAGAGCUCCCUCGCCAGCCGCCUGGCAUGUCUGUUAGCCGCGAGGCAAACAAGGCAUUUGCCCUGGGCAUUUGGGGGGCGGCGUUUUUGCAGCCCCCUGAAAAAUGCCGCCCAAGGCAAAUGCCUUCUUUGCCUCGCGGCUAAUACGCCCCUGUAUCUAUGAACUCCCCUUCUAAAUUAGUGUUUUAUCCACAGGUAUGGUACACAAAAUGGGUGUGCCAAUUUAUCUGUAAACACAGAGCAGUUUCUGGUUGCACAGUCAGACUUUAAGACAUCGUAAAUCCUGGUGAAGUUUAAAUAAAAAAAAAUAAUCUAAACAUCAAAAGAACGGAUUAAAGGAACACUGUAGGGUCAGGAACACAAACAUUUAUUCCUGACCCUAUAGUUUUCAAAAAAACACCACCCUCCUGAUUUCCCCUUGCCUCCCUAAAUAUAGUAAAAUCUUACUUGUAUUCAAGUCUAAAGCUGCUACCUCUGCCCCUGAACUGCCUCUGUCUGCUGACAUCAUCAUAAGUGGUGGCAUGAGUCAAUCAGAAUGCUUCCCAAUGGGAUUGGCUGAGACUGUCAAGGAGGCAGAUCAGGGGCAGAGUCAGCACAAGUCAAACACAGCCCUGGCCAAUCAGCAUCUACUCAAAGAGAUAAAUUGAAUCAAUGUACCUCUAUGAGGAAAGUUCAGAAUCUGCAUGCAGAGGGUGGAGACACUGAAUGACAGUGCUGCUUACUCUGCAGCACUGCCAAAGGAAGUAGCUUUAACAGCCAUCUAAGAAGUGGCCAGUGUUAUCACUGUAUUUUCUCUACUCAACAGAACAAAUACAAUAAGCUGUAGUUGUUCUGGUGACUAUAGUGUCCCUUUAAGAUUGUGGAUAGGUUUAGUGUUAGGGUUGGUUAAGAUAAGGGUUAAGGUUAGCUAGGAAUAGUAUCAUAUAGGGGUUAGGAUUAGCUAUGGUUAGAAAAUGCAUUAAAGAUUGACAUUGGUCAGUAUGGUCACUUCAAUAAAUCAUCUCUGGGAUGUUAGCAAAGUGGCAUGUCUAAAUGAAGACAUGUCUUUAAUUUGACCUUACAAGUCUCUCAAACACAUGAAAUUUGUGUGAAAUCUGUGAAAUUUCCCAUGAAAUUAAAAUGUGUGUGAAAUACAGAAAAAAUAUAACACCAAAGAAUGAAUAAGUGAAGUGUAACUAUACAAUUACCUACUGUAUGACUAAAUAAUACAUGCGGCAACCAAAAAAAAGAAACCCUGGUAAACAGAUUCUGUUUGACAGAAAAAAUAUACAAUAUAACUAAGCAGGUUUGGUGGUAGUUGGUUAAAUGAUAAGUGUCAAAAUGCUCCUAGUUAAAUACUCUGGGUUGUCUGCUUUCUACAAAUAUAUACUUUUGUUUAGCAGUUUUGUAUUUUGUGACUGCUGGUAAACUUGUACUCUCAACAUACCAAAUUUGGCAAAUAUUUUUUUUUUCAAACAAAAAUAUACUCAUUAGCUUGUCCUGUAACUGCCAAAAGAAAAAUGGAAAUCUUAGGUAAAUAAGGCAUUGGUGAAUCUAUUUUGAGUUAUUCUUCCUUUGAUACAUUUGUAAUGUAAAAAUUAUUAUAACCAAAACUCUGAAAAUGUGUUUUUUGCAUUUCUAUUAUUUUGUUAAACCAGAUUGUGUUAUGUUUUCAUAUAGGGUUUAAAAAAAAAAACACACAAUCUGUUCUUGGUAAUAUAUGUUGAUGCACUUAACAGAGAACAUUUAUUAAUGAAGAAAUACAUAGUUCAAAUAUUGGAUAUUGUUUUGGUUAUGAAGUUGUACAUUUUCCUUAGUCCUUAAAGGGAAACUAUAGUGCCAGGAAAACAGACUUGUUUUCCUGGCACUAUAGCUUCCCCCUGUGUCAAUAUGAGCUAAGCUGGGUGCCUAUAGAGUCCCUUUAAGGAGUUGGAUCACAUUUUUUCAAAGGAAUAGCAGACAACUUAUUUGAUGUCUAAAUUUGGAGGUGUAUUACCCUUUGCAAAUGUAUUUAAUUAUUAUGAAGGUGGAAUUUACAAAACUAAUAUAAAAAUAUCUGUAUGGCUAGAUUGAAGAGGUACCUGGAGAAUUUACCCAAGACGACCUAGCAGAAGAUGAUGUGAUGAUGCUGGAUGCGUGGGAACAGGUAUUUAUAAUAUACACAGACGAUGGACCCUCUUUGCAAACACAACAUUAUUUCUGGCAUGGAUUUCAGGGAAAACAAUUGAGAGAUUGAGACACAUAUCAGGUAGGGUAAGUUAUAUCUAACAUUUGAAUGAAGCAGAAUAACCUACUCCUUUCUGGUGCUACAUUUAUUAUACAGUUUUUAAUCACAUCUAAUGAUUGUCAAGAUGACAUCUUAACACAUUAAUAAAAUUGAAAAUAAUUGAAUUAUUUUAUUUGAGUAAACUAUUAUUGUACCUGAAUGUAAGAUGAUUCAAUCUUGGAACUUCAACACAAAAACUUCACAUUACGAUAAUUAUGGUUUUUUUCACUGUGUAAUUAGGAAUGUGCUAACUUUUGACUAAAGGAAAUUGUCAGUACUUUUAAUUUGGUAAUAAUACCACUAUAAAAGGAUUUUGUACCACUCAUACUUAGUCACUUGAGUGUUGGUUUAGAAAUUUUGCAAAAAAAAACUAUAAAAAAUUUAUAUAUAUCCACCAAUAUAUGUCCCUUAAAUUACCAACAAGAAAAUAAUACAGGAGUAUGACUCAUAGUAUCAAUAUACUAACCGGAAAAAAAAUGCCUUCAAUUUUUAUUCUUUCUUACAGAUAUUUUUAUGGAUUGGAAAAGAUUCAAAUGAACGUGAGAAAAGGGAAUCGUUGAUAGCAGGUAAUGCUGAUUUCUUAUAAUCGUUGUACUAUUUUUACAUCUGCUAUAUGUUGCAUAGACAUGAUUUAACUGCAUUUUACCCCUACUUAUUAGAGAGUUGGCGUUGGCUGGGAUAUAUAGGAUUAGAUAUUGUUUUGUGCUUCCCAUAAUGUUUUGUCAUGAUGAAGGGUUGUAUUGUGUGUCAAACGAAAAUUAUCUAAAAUGUUGCAAUGAAUUUGAUUACCAUAUGAAUAAAGCUUAGUAAACCUAUAUUAUGCUUUGAAGAUAGGUAUGUCAACAUAUUAAGUAAACACAAUGACAGAAAAACAUGAUUUCUAUUUGUGGAAAUUAAUUUUAAUUUAAAUGUUAAAGUAGUGUUAAGUUUUCUUCUUUCAGAUUCACAGACUACAUUUGAAAAGACGUUAAACUUAAAUGGAUCCUACGGUGACAGGAAAACAACGAAGUUUUUUUCUGGCACUAAAGAUUCUAAGAAGCCCCCCUCCCUCACAACCCCCCUCUCCCACAGGGCUGAAGGGGUUGAAACCCCUUUAACCACUUACCUGGUUCGCAUUAGGAUUUCCCUAUAGGAAAGCAUUAUUCAAUGAUUCAGUGAUCUGGGUGCCUACAGUGUCCCUUUAACAUUGCACAGUAACAUAAAGUUCUGUGUUCCUUAAACUAAAAAAAAAUAUUUAUCAAUGAAGUCUACAUGAUUUUAUGUUAUAGGCUUUGAUUUUCUGAUAACCAUUACUCUACACAAAUAUAUGAUGCCUUUGUACACAUUAGCACAUUACACUAAUUUCUUGGUCUCAAAUUAUAUUUCUGUAAUGAAAGAUAUAUAGAAAUUUACUUCUGUAUAAUGAUUAAGAAGAUAUAUGUCCUUAUUAUGUUAACUGUUAUUCUAUAUUACACAUAACAUUAAUAAAUAUAUUAGAAAAUAAAUUGAUCACAGUGUAUCUCUUCCUCGACUCCUCUGUUAUCUUGGUCUAGCCACUAUUUUAGAGCAUCUUUUUAGGACCUUCAAAACCUUACAUUCUAAGGGUCUGUACACCCGCCUAACCUCAGUCAUCAAAUAUACACUAAUAGCUGGCUUUUGAAAUACCUACAACUAUAACCAUGCUUUCUUGUUAAAAAUUAAGACUGUUAUAAAAAGUAAACUAAAUUUAUUGCAAGAGCAAUCAGUCUAAUUGGGAUAGCGUGACUUAUACGAUGAAGAUUGAAUGUAGGCUUCAUAGUAAGUGAGCAUUUAAAUCAUCUUUUAAGGCAUGGUGUGUGCAAUUUCUGUUAAUGGUUACUAGAUAAAACAAUAUAUUGCAAAUCAUUGACAAGGGAAUUCCGUGUUUUAAGAUAAUGUUAACUGACAAACAUAACUUAGAUGGAGUAUGAUAAGAUGGAGUAUGAUUCCAGUUGGACCACUUUGGAUUAAAAUUUGCAAUUUCAUUGUUAAUUUGUCAGUUCUAUGCAAUUCCCUUUAGUAAAUAAACUACUGUUGAUUAAGUCUGUGUUAAAAAGUCUUACUAAAACUCUAGUUAGUUGGACUUGUUUAAAAAUGCAAUGUUUCGCUUCGAGUUCAAUGUCUAGAAAAGAGAAUAUUUAGAAAGUUCAAGAACAUACAAGAAAUUCAUAGAACGUGUCUAAUUUACAUGUACAUAGCUCAGAAACAUUAUACUAUACGGAAAACUGGAUCUGUGAUGUAUUUAUCCUAAUCUGUGAAUUUCUUGGUUACCAGUCAUUUAUUUUAAAGUGCAUGAAAUUCAAAGAAGUACUAAGCAGCUAAUCAGAAUGCAACUUUGUUUAAGCAUUUAUUUUUUUAUUAUGAUUUUUUUAGUAUGCUUUACAGGCUUAUUCUAAAAAUACCGUGUUUCUUGCCACAGUGUGAAAGCUUAGCAGAAACAUCUCAUAACAUUUACAUUCAUAUUUGUGAUUAAAGGACCACUAUAGGCACCCAGACCACUUCAGUUCAAUGAAGUGGUCUAGGUGCCAGGUCCCUCUAGUUUUAACCAUGCAGCAUGUGCAUUCAGCGGAUGACGUCGGAAGAGGGAGGAGAGUCCCCAGCGCCGAGGGAGCCCGGCGCUGGAGAAAGAUAAGAAUUUAACCCCUUCCUCCCCCUUCAGCCCAGUGGGAGUGGGACCCUGAGGGUGGGGGGACCCAAAGACCCUAUAGCUCCGCUUAGUAAACCUAUAUUAUGCUUUGAAGAUAGGUAUGUCAACAUAUUAAGUAAACACAAUGACAGAAAAACAUGAUUUCUAUUUGUGGAAAUUAAUUUUAAUUUAAAUGUUAAAGUAGUGUUAAGUUUUCUUCUUUCAGAUUCACAGACUACAUUUGAAAAGACGUUAAACUUAAAUGGAUCCUACGGUGACAGGAAAACAACGAAGUUUUUUUCUGGCACUAAAGAGUCUAAGAAGCCCCCCUCCCUCACAACCCCCCUCUCCCACAGGGCUGAAGGGGUUGAAACCCCUUUAACCACUUACCUGGUUCGCAUUAGGAUUUCCCUAUAGGAAAGCAUUAUUCAAUGAUUCAGUGAUCUGGGUGCCUACAGUGUCCCUUUAACAUUGCACAGUAACAUAAAGUUCUGUGUUCCUUAAACUAAAAAAAAAUAUUUAUCAAUGAAGUCUACAUGAUUUUAUGUUAUAGGCUUUGAUUUUCUGAUAACCAUUACUCUACACAAAUAUAUGAUGCCUUUGUACACAUUAGCACAUUACACUAAUUUCUUGGUCUCAAAUUAUAUUUCUGUAAUGAAAGAUAUAUAGAAAUUUACUUCUGUAUAAUGAUUAAGAAGAUAUAUGUCCUUAUUAUGUUAACUGUUAUUCUAUAUUACACAUAACAUUAAUAAAUAUAUUAGAAAAUAAAUUGAUCACAGUGUAUCUCUUCCUCGACUCCUCUGUUAUCUUGGUCUAGCCACUAUUUUAGAGCAUCUUUUUAGGACCUUCAAAACCUUACAUUCUAAGGGUCUGUACACCCGCCUAACCUCAGUCAUCAAAUAUACACUAAUAGCUGGCUUUUGAAAUACCUACAACUAUAACCAUGCUUUCUUGUUAAAAAUUAAGACUGUUAUAAAAAGUAAACUAAAUUUAUUGCAAGAGCAAUCAGUCUAAUUGGGAUAGCGUGACUUAUACGAUGAAGAUUGAAUGUAGGCUUCAUAGUAAGUGAGCAUUUAAAUAAUCUUUUAAGGCAUGGUGUGUGCAAUUUCUGUUAAUGGUUACUAGAUAAAACAAUAUAUUGCAAAUCAUUGACAAGGGAAUUCCGUGUUUUAAGAUAAUGUUAACUGACAAACAUAACUUAGAUGGAGUAUGAUAAGAUGGAGUAUGAUUCCAGUUGGACCACUUUGGAUUAAAAUUUGCAAUUUCAUUGUUAAUUUGUCAGUUCUAUGCAAUUCCCUUUAGUAAAUAAACUACUGUUGAUUAAGUCUGUGUUAAAAAGUCUUACUAAAACUCUAGUUAGUUGGACUUGUUUAAAAAUGCAAUGUUUCGCUUCGAGUUCAAUGUCUAGAAAAGAGAAUAUUUAGAAAGUUCAAGAACAUACAAGAAAUUCAUAGAACGUGUCUAAUUUACAUGUACAUAGCUCAGAAACAUUAUACUAUACGGAAAACUGGAUCUGUGAUGUAUUUAUCCUAAUCUGUGAAUUUCUUGGUUACUAGUCAUUUAUUUUAAAGUGCAUGAAAUUCAAAGAAGUACUAAGCAGCUAAUCAGAAUGCAACUUUGUUUAAGCAUUUAUUUUUUUAGUAUGAUUUUUUUAGUAUGCUUUACAGGCUUAUUCUAAAAAUACCGUGUUUCUUGCCACAGUGUGAAAGCUUAGCAGAAACAUCUCAUAACAUUUACAUUCAUAUUUGUGAUUAAAGGACCACUAUAGGUACCCAGACCACUUCAGUUCAAUGAAGUGGUCUAGGUGCCAGGUCCCUCUAGUUUUAACCAUGCAGCAUGUGCAUUCAGCGGAUGACGUCGGAAGAGGGAGGAGAGUCCCCAGCGCCGAGGGAGCCCGGCGCUGGAGAAAGAUAAGAAUUUAACCCCUUCCUCCCCCUUCAGCCCAGUGGGAGUGGGACCCUGAGGGUGGGGGGACCCAAAGACCCUAUAGCUCUAGGAAAACAAGUUUGUUUUCCUGACACUAUAGUGGGCCUUUAAAUGUUAAGAGCAGUAAAAAUUUACGUUUAGUCGUGCGGUAUGCUACAACAUGCCUUAUUAUUAUUUUUUUCUUCCUCUCUUACAGCACAAAAGUAUAUUCAGAGUGAUCCUGCAGGGAGAGAUAAGGGGAUCCCAAUUACUACUGUAAAACAAGGAUAUGAACCUCCAACAUUCACAGGCUGGUUUCUGGCUUGGGAUUCCAAAAAAUGGCAAAUGUAA